CCGGUCGGAAUGUCCCAGCCCGGAGUGCGAGCAGUGAGUGCAGUUCCCGGUGCUGGCUGGGAGGGAGUGACAGAGGGGCCGGGCUGUCAGUGGGCGGGACGGUGACACCUUCCGGGUGAGCGGAGCAGUUGCAGCCGGGUCGGGGUGUGAGCGGGCGGUGGGAGCCAGCAGUCAGUGAAUCAGUCAGCUCGGUGAUCGCCACUCGGACCGGGAGCACGGGAGAUGGCUUACUACCAGCGGCCCCCGGGGGCCACCGACCAGUCCUUCCUGUGGAACGUCUUCCAAAGGUGAGAGCAGCGAGUCCCACACACCCACCGCCCCGGGCUUUGUACGGAGCAAUGCGGGGGCACAGAGUUAGACUACAACUCCCAUGAUGCUUUGUCAGUGUGAAUGAUGGGUCUGUUCUCCUGCUGUAGGGCUGUGGCUGCGCAGUGCCAACAGACAGCCUGCUUGCAGUAUGCGGAGACCGCUCGCAGGAUGCGGAGACCGCUCGCAGGAUGCGGAGACCGCUCGCAGGAUGCGGAGACCGCUCGCAGUAUACGGAGACCGCACGCAGUAUGCGCAGCCGGAGACCGCACGCAGUAUGCGCAGCCGGAGACCGCACGCAGUAUGCGCAGCCGGAGACCGCACGCAGUAUGCGCAGCCGGAGACCGCACGCAGUAUGCGCAGCCGGAGACCGCACGCAGUAUGCGCAGCCCGAGACCGCUCGCAGUAUGCGCAGCCCGAGACCGCUCGCAGUAUGCGCAGCCCGAGACCGCUCGCAGUAUGCGCAGCCCGAGACCGCUCACAGAAACACAGGCACCCACCUAUAAACUCUGAGGAAUAGCGUUAUAUUUUCAAAUACACACUGGGUUACAUACUAAUUCACUACCUGGCUGGCAAGCACAUGAUCACAUUGCACAAGGGCUGCAUGAGUAAGAUACUCACUGUUUGUGAGUCAUUUGCUCCAAUAGAAACAAUCAGGGUUAUUCACUAGAGUGAGAUUUCAAAGUGAAUUUCAAAGUGGAAAAAGUCUCUAUCUGCUUAUGCUUUCAGUUUGGCUACUCUUGCCUUAAAUAUGAAAAUAUCUUUGAUUUCUCACUCCUUUUUGUCAGGGAUUUUAUUAUAAGGCAUGGUUUGUAAGGAUAGAGUACACAAGCUUAGCGGUUACUUGGCGUAUUCAGCACAGAUUGAUUUUUUUUUUUUAAAUUCAUAAUUUGGUACCUGAUUUAUACUGAAAUUUAUAUCGCUAAAAUUAUCUGUAAAGCAGAAGCAAAGUGUUGAUUACCACGUUCAAGAGUAGAUUCAAUAGUAAUAUAUUUGGACAUAUUCUGUUUCUAGUGGUGUUGAAAAACUACAUUGUGUAAUAGAAAGUGGCCAGUUUUCUAUGUACAGCUAUGUUUCUUUUGUUUAUAGACGUGUCCUAUCACUUCAGAAAUACUUCAUGAUUUAUGGAAUUUGGGCAAAUACCCUACAUAUCAAAAAUUAAGUAUUUUGAACAUCAGUCACAUGUUUACUAAAAACUUUGAAUCAUUUAUUAUACUCUUUUGGCCAUAUGACUACUACCCAUACUUUUUUUUGUUGUUGUUGUAGGUCUCUAUCUAGAAAUAUAACAAUAAUACAUGGAACAGAGUUGGUGUAAAUAUCACACAAAAUAAAGCUGCACAAAAGUGUAUGAUUGCCCAAAACACAUGUGCACUCCACAAAAUUCUGUGCACUCAACAAAAGAAAAAGUUAAAAAAAAAAAAUAGAGUAGCUAAAGAAGAAGAAGAAAAGUGAAUAAAGGGGGAGGGGAGUAAGAAAAAAAAAUUGAAGAGGGACAAGAGAAUCAAGAACAAUAUUUGUGUUCAAUUAUUAUUAUAUUUUAUUGAAACAUAGAGAUGCAUACUGGUCUAUGGAGGUAAUUUUAUUUUAAAUGAUUUAAUGACAUCAGGAGAGCCUGUAUCUCUUGUAUUUUAAGGAUUAUAUGGAACACCAUUAACGGCUACUAACAGUCAAGAGGGAAAAGUGUGAUGUUUAAGGAAGACAUGCAUUGGUAAUUUUAGUAACAUAGUUAAAAAAAAACAAAAAACAUUUAAGUAUCUCCAAUACAUUUAAUUCAAUUCAAACAUAUUUUAAAGGGACACUAUAGGGACCCAGACCACUUCAGCUCAUUGAAGUGGUCUGGGUGCAUUGCCCUUAUUUUCAAAAAAACUGCAGUGUUUCCAUUGCAGCACUAAGUCUGCGACAGCCUCUGGAGGCGCUUCCUGCAUCCAAACGGACUUUUAGUCUGGUAACUGACUCUUGACGUACUCACACUCUGCAUGAGGACAUCCAGCGUCACAUUUUUCCCCAUAGGAAAGCAAUGAUUCUGUGAUAUCCUAUGGGUAGGUCUAAUGCGCAUGCGCAUUUCCGCCCACUCGUCGGGGGAGUACUUGUAUUAUAUUAAUUAAUAAGGAUAAACUGCACUAUAGUGCAUUUGUUAUAUUAUUUUUUUUAGCAUUUACUACAAAUUCAAUGUUAAAGGGAUCCUAUAGUGCCAGAAAAACAGUUGUUUUCCUGGCAUUAUAGGGUGUUAAUGUGAUGAGACCAAUCUCGCCACUGUGCAUUCGUGGAGCCUGGUUGCCCGCCUGCUGCCUUUAGACUAUGGCCCCAUGUUGAAACGCUUGAUUUUCCCCUGCAAAGACACGAAAGCCGGGUCAUUCGGUGCUUGCCCUGUUUGAACGGUGAUACCCCAGAUAGCUAUGCCAUGGAGCCCAUUCAUAUAAUGAAAGACUUUGGCUCCAUGGCAGUUGAACGGUAUGUGUUUGAUCUGAGCGCCAUUCAGUAAUAAUGUGCGCUCAGAUCUGAGCUAUCUGGGGAUAUGUUAAAUGUACCUGUUUUAUGCAAUGGCUGCACAGUUAUGUAUUUUAUUGUCUUUUGCUGCCAUGUGGUAAAUGGAGUUUUGCCUCUGUCCUUGGAGAUAAUUGGAUUACUUCCCAAGUAUCUCCAGGAUAGAAGACUCUGUGGAACUGGUUUUGGGCAGAAAAGCCAUUCUUCAUUUGGUUACAAAGGACUACGAUCUAUCUUUUGAACCACUGGACCAAUUUGUAUGAUUUUGACGUAUGUUAGUAUUUGGAGUAUGCUGAUUCUGAAAAUGUAAGUUAUGUGAAUGUGAUGCAUACCUUUCAAGUUAUGAAUAAUGUGGAAAAACUGUAUUUCUCUGCCUGUGAUAAUUACAUUACUCAUUGUGUAAGGUAAUUGUAUCACAGGCAGAGGGGAGGAUUUUGUGUGGGAGUGUCUGAGUGUAUUGUACGUGUUUAUUGGUUGUUUUCCAAAGCCCUGUGGGUGGUACUAAUGUGUAUAUAAGAACAAUAAAGCCACAGCUCUGACUGUUCACUGCUUGACCCUCAACACGGAGCUUUGUCUCGUUCUUGGGGGGAUUUAUUGUAUGCUGUUCCAGUUUGACUGCUAGGAGUGUAAACCUAUUCGUAUGGUUUUUCCUAUUCGGCUGUUCAAAGCAUUCGUAUGUUUGAGAGCAUUCAUAUGCUUCUCCGCUUCGGUGGAUUGGUGUCUACAGUAGCUGCCUGUGUCUCUGGAAGGGGAAGAUCUCCUAAACAGCUUUUAACGCCUUUUAUGCCCGGGGUGCCGUUACAGUUACGAACGCUGGUAUUUCAGAUACCCGUUUGCUUUCGUUUCCUUCCGAACUGCUAAAGGCUGAGUGAUUAUAGCUCGCAGUUUGGAUGUUGAUUCGAACAUUCUCCAGAAGGAAAUACAGUAUCCAAGUAAAUUCUCCAAGCAAUCAGACAUAUAACCAAACAUCAGCCUAAACUAGAUAAAGGGUACAACAGGAAUGAAUGUAUUCAGGCCUGCUGGCCUUAUAUGCAGGUCCCCGUGCACACUGUAAUUACAUUGGCUCUCAGGUCCAGGACACUCCCACACAAAACAGAAUAGUCCCUCCCCUGUGCCUGUGAGAUAAUUGUCAGGAACUGUUCUAAACUCUAUUCUCUCCAGGCACAGAAAACAUACAUUUUAAGAACACCCCAAAAGUACCCCCAAAACACAUGGAAACGACACAACAGUCACAUCUCCUGAUAGCCCUGAUCGGGGGGACCAACAUAUCCAAAAAUCACCCAGAUCGGUUCAGGGGUUUGUGAUUUCCAUGGAAGUGAUAAUUUGACCAACCGCACCCAAAGUCUUAUGCCCAAAACAGUUCCACAGUUUCAGAGGUAGCGGUCGGUCUAUUUCGGGGAAUUCUAAAAUCGAACAAAUCCACAAACUGUUCCCCUGGCUCAUGGGUAGCAUUUAUUCCCCUAGUUCGUGGGAACAAACCUACCGCAUAGCGCUCUCCUGGCUGGUCGGUGAAAAGAAGCAGGUGUUCGCAAAGUUGACCGGUGUUCGGGAAGUCGAGUGUCUGUUUUUAGUUCCAGGUACUCAACGACCAAGUCCCGCUGCCUCUUUUUUCGUGCGACAAGAUGGCCGCUGUUUUCUCCAACACUUGGCAUUUGGCCAUACAAAUGGUGGCCACACAGGGAGAGCACUUAAUCUGCAGUUUGCUUUGUAGUUAAUGGCCAGGGUGGUGGUCGUUGUUCCGUAGUUUUAUCUACCGAACAAGGAAAAUCAAAGUUAACGAAACAGGUGUAGUUUCUUCUCAUAGGGUUAAUAGGUCCCCCCUCCCGCGGGGCUGAAGGGACUAAUAGCCUGAAUCCAGCGCCGUUGUCCCUUGGUGCUGGGUCAGGCUCUGCCGACACUCCUGCCCCACCUAUAUCAGCCUGAGGGGGACACCUAAUGUGCGGCAAUGGCCGCGCGCGCAUUAGGCCUAUCCGUAGGAAAGCAUUAUUCAAUGCUUUCCUAUGUGGAAAAUCUGACGCUGGAGGUCCGUGAGGACGUCCAGCCUCAGAUAACGGACCAAAAGUCCAUUUGGAUUCCAGAAGCCACAGAGGCCAGACUUUACAUUGCAGCACUAAGUGCAAUAGGGACACUGCACCCAGGCCACUUCAAUUAUCUGAAGUGGUCUGGGUGCCUACAGUGUCAUUUGAGCGCAACACUUGUUUUUUGUUUGGAUGUUAUUUGUCACUUUAGGUGAUUGCUGCUUAUAUAUAUAUAUAUAUAUAUAUAUAUGGUAGUGAUGUCCCGAACGGUUUGCCGCGGACUCAUCAUUGAGUAAACUUUGACAGUGUACCUCACAGUCAGCAGACACAUUCCAGCCAAUCAGCAGCAGACCCUCCCACCUCCUGGACAGCAUCCAUUGUGAAGCUGCAUUCUUAGUGAGCUGUCCAGGAGGAGGGAGGGUCUGCUGCUGAUUGGCUGGAAUGUGUCUGCUGACUGUGAGGUACAGGGUCAAAGUUUACUCAAUGAUGAGUCCGCGGCGAACCGUUCGGGACAUCACUAAUAGUGGGACCUCUGUUUACAAACGAUUGAAAACAUAAUUUUCGGUUUACAAAUGAAAAUCCAUUGAAAAUAAUCCCUCGGUUUACAAAUUCUUUUCGCUAUACAAAGCAAGUUUCCCCAGGAUGCAUUGCACCUGGCAGGUUUAAAGCACUGCCCUCUGCAUGCUGGAGCCUUGCCAUGUCGAGUGUGGAGGUGUUGGAGCGGCUUUUGCAUCAAGUUUUGGAGCCAUUCUGGAAAUUGUUUGUUUUGUUUCUCAAGCUGUGGAAAGGUAGGGAGCUGAGCUCCGUCGUUUGCAUGCCUUUUAUUGUGUGUUCUGUAUUGUGGGUUGGUUUCCAUGCCAGCUCAUUUUUACUUUUUUUCUGACCUCCAGAAUGGAUUAAUUGGUUUUCAAUGCAUUCCUAUGGGAAACCGCAUUUCGGUUUACAAAUUUUUCGCAAUAAGAAACGUCCCGGAGAACGCAUUAAAUUCAUAAACCGAGGUCCCACUGUGUGUGUGUGUGUGUGUGUAUAUAAAUUUCUUUUUUUCUAUACAUCUUAAAACGCUAUCCACAUUUUGGGUUGUUUAUGAUUACAUCUAUGUUCAUUAAAUUCAAAGAGUUAGUUUGUGCCGAAAUGUUUAAUUGGGAAAAGAGAUGUCUGCUUUACAAACAUAGCUGUUUCAAACUAUAUACCAAGUUGAAAAAUGACAAGACAUAAUCUAUUUUUCCAACCUCAUCACUCUGUUUCCAAGGUAGGAAUUAUAAUGUUGUCUUUGACUUUUGUGGCUGGAUCUGCUGAAUGGCCUUAUUCAAAAGUGGUUCUAGCCCUUUUAACUAUUUUAUAAAGUCUUGAUUCAAAUUUGAAGAAUAAAAACUACUUGUAACUUACCUUUUGUAAUUCAGCUUCUUGAUUAAUUGCUUCCCCAUACUGUGGUUUGCAUGUUGAUACAUUCUCUUUCACAAGACUGAGCAAUGCAUUUUUGUUUUACAUAGGUUUACUAUACAAGGUUCACAGUGUAAGCUUUCUCUUCUCUAAUAUAUUUGCAAAAAAAACACAAAACACAUUUAUAAAAAAAAAACAAACCUUGGCCCACGUUUGUGACUUAGUGGCUACUACAAAAGACUGGACAUACUCUGGGUUGUCUACAUUUGAAAAUGGUAUGCCAUGAUGGGGUUAUUUCACAUUCCUGGGCUACCAUAUGAUCUCAAAAAGCAACACAGACCCAGCAAACCAAUCUGGCAAACUGAAUUGGGCAAGCCCUAUAUUGAUCCUGUAACUUUCCAAAACUCCAUAAAAACUGUACAUGGGGUGUAUUGUUGUACUCGGGAGGCUUCGCUGAACACAAAUAUGAGUGUUUAAAACAGUAAAACCUAUCAGAACGAUGAAAUCACCAGUAAAAGUGCAGUUUUUGUGUAAAAAAAAAAAAAAAAACAAUUUAAAAAACAAAUAUGAACGCUAACUUUGGCAAGCAUUUGUGGCUACUACAAAAGACUGGACAUACCCCAUUUUGUCUACUUUUACAAUUUGUAUGCCAUGAUGGGGUUAAUUUUAAUUCCUGGGCUGCUAUACGGUCUCAAAGGAAACAUAGGCCCAGCAAACCAAUCUGGCAAAUGUCAAUGUGCAAACAUGGAAAAGGGGAAAGCUCUACAUUUGACCCCUGUAAAUUUGCAAAAACCCAUAAGACAUGUACAUUGGGGGCACUGUUGUACUCAGGAGAUUUUGCUGAACACAUAUUGGGGCGUUCUUUGGCAGUAAUACAUAACAGGAGCUAAGAAUCCAAUGACUCCCAGCAGCAAGCCAGAAUAAGCAAUGCCCGCACGCCAAUCCCUGAGUCCUCACCUCCUGAUGCCCAGAAGAGGCAAACCUAACCAGACGAGGAAGCAGCCCACAGAAAACCAGCGAGGAGCCCAGAGGCGCGCCUGGAGAGAUAUCGCCAGAGCCCCAGCCUUGAAAGACCCUAAAGCCCUGUCACGCCGACACAGCAGAUCAGGCAUCGGCUGACCAUGUGUCCGCCACCACCCGCGAAGCAUCGAGCACGCCAUGUCGAUGGUCCUAGGAGCGUGUGCCAGCACACGAACUUUCGAUCAGCCAGGGUGAUACUUUAUCUGUAGACUAUUGUUUAGCCUUAGCAUGUUUAUAUACUGAGCCUUUGGGUAUAGCUUACCGUACAAAUCUUGUCACACACCCAAUAGACAUGCAUUCAAACUACCAGCCAGCAUUACACAGCAUAACAGUACCUAAGCCUGUUCAACUAUGUACUGUACUUUUAAUACUUAUACGUCACACUAAUGCCAUCUCUGUUAUUAACCUUUGAAACACACACUGGCACAAGAGCGAGCCGCCAGCUAGAUUUCAGAUACAUCACAGAUAAUCUAGUGUUAACCUGAUAGCAAAGCGCAGCAGUUUAAUAUGUUUUAGGAAUGCCGUAACGUGCCAAUUGAUUGAUGUCGGACGUAAAUACCCAGCAUGUAUUUAUCAGGUCUUACCGACUUAUUAAAAAAAAAAAAAAAAAGUGUGCUUUAUAUCUGAAUGUCAUACAGCUGUUAAUGAAUACUUGUUUUUAAAAUGCAUGCAAAUGCUGUUGUGGCAUUGCUGACAUGCAUAUGUUCUCUCAAGCACAGCAAAAAUAAAGAAUUAAAAAAGAAAAUAGUUGCAUGAAGAGUCAAAUUACCCCAAGUUUAAUACCUUAGGUUGUCUUCUUUUAAAAAAUAAAUAUAUACAUGUUAAGGGUUAUUCAGGGAUUCCUGACAGAUAUCAGUGUUACAGUGUAACUUGCGUUAAUUUUGAAAAAAAUGCUUUGGAAAUAGCAAAGUGCUACUUGUACUUAUUGCCCUAUAACUUUCCAAAAAAAGCUAAGAACAUGUUCAAAUUGGGUAUUUCUAAACUCAGGCCAAAAUUUAGAAACUAUUUAGCACGGGUGGUUUUUGACGGUUGUAGAUGCGUAACAGAUUUUGGGGGUCAAAGUUCGAAAAAGUGUUGGGUUUUUUUUUUUUUAACAUUUUUUUUUCAUCAUAUUUUAUUUAUAGAUAUGAAAAUAAAUAACAUCUUUAGAAAGACCAUUUAAUGGCAAGAAAAACAAUAUAUAAUAUGUGUGGGUACAGUAAAUGAGUAAGAGGGGAAAAUUACAGCUAAACACAAACACAGCAGAAAUGUAAAAACAGCCCUGGUCCCAAACGGAAAGAAAAUUGAAAAGUGGUCUGGUCACUAAGGGGUUAAAGGAACACUACAUUUUUCAGAACCACUACAGCUUAAUGUAGUGGUUCUGGUGUCUAUAUCCUUUCCCUGUAGACUUUUCAGUGUAAACACUGCCUUUCAGACAACAAAUCAGCGUUUACAUUGCUGCCCAGUAACACCUCUAGUGACAACACUUAGAGAUUCUUAAUCCAGUGGUGCACAGUGUGCUCACAUACAUGUAGUGUCUGCACAUUCUGCAUGAAGGUGCUGAAUGUUCCCUAUAGAGAUGUAUUGAUUAGCGCAUGUGCAAUUCACUCCUAAUCCUUUCCUAUGGGAAAGCAUUGGGUUGGCUAAUAUCAUCAAGCUUUAUCUCUGCAAUGGAGGAGAGAACAGCCACAGCGAGACUGGCGCAGCGUAAGAAAAAAUGACGAGUAAACACACUGACUGACAGACACUCAUUGACUAACACAGACACUUGCUGAUUUGACACACGCAUACUCCCUGACAUGAUUUUUUUUUAUAAACAUAGCAGUUUCAGAGAAACUGCUAUGUUUAUCAAUGGGUUAAGCCUUCCCCCUACUUCCUCUAGUGGCUGUCUCAUUGACAGCCACUAGAGGCGCUUGCGUGCUUCUCACUGUGAUUUUCACAGUGAGAGCACGCCAGCGUCCAUAGGAAAGCAUUGUAAAUGCUUUCCUAUGUGACCGGCUGAAUGCGCGCGCAGCUAUUGCCGCGCGUGCGCAUUCAGCCGCAUGGGAGGAGAAGAGGAGGUUCGGAGGAGGAGAUCUCCCCGCCCAGUGCUGGAAAAAGGUAAGUUUAAACCCCUUUCCCCUUUCCAGAGCCGGGCGGGAGGGGGUCCCUGAGGGUGGGGGCACCCUCAGGGCAGUAUAGUGCCAGGAAAACGAGUGUUUUCCUGGCACUAUAGUGGUCCUUUAAUAGCCAAGAAGCCUCUGGGAAAUUAAGUGGGAUUAGUCUAAAUAAAUAUACCCAUUUAGGGAAGAUAUAAGAUUUCAAAAUAUUUAUUCUACCCCACCAAGAAAUUGGGAUUUUUUUCAAAUCUAUUAAUUUUUUUUAUUCAUUUUGUUUUAAUAGAGGUAAAAAGUUUUUUUCCACAAUUGUUAUAUCUGUGCUAAUUUGAAUUCCUAGAUAAUUUGUUGAAUUUAACUCCCACUUAAAUCCAUAUCUAUCACUCUCUUUCGAUAUUCUACCUAGCGCUAUUGACUUUUCUAUAUUCAAUUUAUAACCCGAUAUUUUUGCAAAAUUAUCCACAAUAUUCACCACUGCUUUCAUAGAGUUACAUGGAUCUUGUAGUGUUAGCAUGACAUCAUCUGCAUAUAAAUGUAACUGUUAUUGCAUCUGAACACAAAAUCCUCUAGCUGCCUCUUCCUCUCUUAUGAUUGCUGCCAAAUGCUCCAAUGACAUUAUAUAUAAUAUUGGGGACAAUGUGCAGCCCUGGUUCCAUUUCCCAAUCUGUCUGGUUUCCCAAUGUGAAUCAUUCAGAGCUAAACCCGUUACCCACCACUUUUGAUGAUUCAGAUACAAUGCCAUAAUUGCUUCCAAUAUAGCUCCCUCCAAACCAAAUGCCAAUAACGAAUAUCGUAAAUAUCUCUACCCAACCCCGUCAAAGGGUUUUUUUCAGCAUCUAACGACAGGGUUAGGAGUGGGGCCCAAGUGUUUUUUUUUUGUUUUUUUUUACUAUUUCCAAUAUUUCAAUUAAUUUUCGUAUAUUAGUAAUUGCGUAUCUAUCCUGAUCAAAUCCCACCUGGUCCGGAUGGAUUAUUUCUCCAAUAAUCGUAUUCAAUCGCGCUGCUAAAAUAGAAGAAUAUAAUUUUAUAUCAACAUUUUGAAGCACGAUUGGUCGAUAAUUAGAAACCUCCAAACUACUCUUAUCCUGUUUCAAAAUUGGAACUAUAUUUGAUUGCAAAAUUUCCAUUGGGAUUGGAUUUCUCUAAGCAAAUCAUUAAAAAGUUUAACAAGUUGAAAUUUUAUAUUAUCCUUUAAGAUUUUAUAAAACUUAUUAGAAAAUCCAUCCGGACCAGGAGACUUGACAAUUUUGAGGUUCCCAAUAGCAUUAUUUACCUCUUCUUCCGUAAAAGGCAGAUUUAAUAAUAAUUGUUCUUGCGUUAUUGUAGAUAUUUUAAUUUUCUAUAAAAAGUCCUCAAUAUCUCUAUCAGAAGGCGCUAUAGGCAAAUUAUAUAGGGUCUUAUAAUUGUCUUGAAAAGCCCAUCCUGUUUUCUCCGGUAUCAUGAGUUUGAUCUGUAUUUAGGAUUUUAGAAAUAAAUGUAUUUGCUUUUUAUUUAUUUUUUAAAUUUGAUUAAAUAAAAUGUGCCCUGAUUAUUAAUGCGUUCAUUUUUCUUUUUUUCGAUUUUCAAUAAUUCUCCCUAGAGGGGACCUCUUUAUUUAGGGCACCUUUUAGAGUCCAAUUGGAGAUCUAACUCAGGCAAACCUGGUAGUCUAUUUUUAUUUCCAUAUGUCCCAAUUUUUAUUAAAUGACCACGUAUUACACUUUUAUAAGCACACCAAAAUACAAUUUAGUUGUAUGUUUUUUAAAAAGUUCAACAUGUUGUGGUUUAUUUAAUAAAUAAGCAUUUGUUUUCAAAUUCAUCCUUUAGUUGUAUCAUUAUGGCAUUAUGAUCAGUUUUUAAUAUUCUUGAUAAUUCCAAUAUUUGUCAUUAUAUAAUCUAUUCUGGAAUUAGUAAGCACAGUCUUAGAGAAACAAAUAUAAUCCUUUGUAUUUAGAUUAAGGAUUCUCCAUAAAUCUAAUAGCGCGUAGUUCUUAAUUAACGCUCUUAAUCUUGGUGCAUUAUUACAUGCAUUCCUAUCUAUACUUCUCCCCCCUACUGAAUUUCUAUCCGUGGCUGGGUCCAUUAAACAAUUCAGAUCCCCUAUUAAAAUAGUAUCUCCUUGUUUAAACCUCUCUAUCUUAUUCAACACUUUUUUAAUAAAUUUAAUUUGCGAGUGAUUAGGUGCAUAUAGAUUGGCAAAUGUGUAUUUAUUCUUAUUAAUCUCACAUAUAAUUAAAUAUCUACCUUGUACAUCAAUUUCUUGAUGUAUAAGUUUAAAAGAUAAUUUAUUAGAGAAAAUAAGUGCCACUUUUUUUUUUUUUCUUAUCCAUUAGUGAAGAUAUAUAUAUAUAUAUAUAUAUAUCUCUCUCCUUGAUUUUAAUCUUAUUGGAUCAUUUUCCAUCCAGUGCGUCUCUUGUAAUGCACAGAUAUGAAUGUUCUUUCUGGAGAAAUUGUAAUCGUAUUGCUCUUUUUUGAGGUGAAUUGAUGCCACGUACAUUAAUCGUAACUAUUUUAAUAUCAAAAGUAUCACACACUUUCCCCCUUAUUUUGAGCAUACAGGUCAUCCCUGAUUGACAGCAGAACCCCUUUCCUGUUCUUAUGUCAACACGGUCUAAUGCUAGUAUCGGUGUUGGCAGAAAAAAAUUAUGAUUUAUCGACUACUGUUUUCAACUGCCAAUAUACACACUUAGUGAGAGAUAAAGGAGAGAGAGAGAGAGAGAGAGAGAAUGAGGUGAGGUGGGGUGGGGGGGAAGCAUAAAUUCUAACUUUUCAGCCCUUAUUCUUAUAGUUUCUUAAAACUUAAUCUACCAAGAUAUCUCUCAAUAUGCACAUGUGUCUAUAUGAUAUCUUAUUUACCUUUUUAUUACAUUUGCACCACGACGCAGGCUCGCUGCUUAGGUGUUCUCUUUGACCUCUCCUUCACGCCUCCUGUUCAGUCUAUCACCAAAUCCGGUCGUUUUCCAUCGCAAAAACAUUGUGCGUCUCCGACCAUACUUAACACCAGAUGCGACUAAGGUACUGGUCCAUUUUAUUGUCCUUUCUCGCCUUGACUACUAUAAUCCACUUCUCAGUGGUCUUACGUGCUCCCAACUUGCGCCGUUUCAGUCCAUAAUGAAUGCGGCGGCAAGGCUCAUCUUCCUGUCCGACCGCACAUCCCACACCUCACCCUUCUGUCAGUCUCUACAUUGGCUUCCUGUAAGAUAGGGCACAAUUUAAAAUUAUGGUUCUAGCUUUCAAAUCUCUACAUAAUGCUGCUCCCACCUAUCUAUCCUCCCUUAUACACAAGUAUGUCCCGUCUAGGCCCUUACGAUCUGCUGAAGACUUACGUCUAUCUUCUGUCCGUACUCCCGCCUCUGAUGCUCGCCUUCAAGAUUUCUCAAGGGCUGCACCGUUCCUGUGGAACUUGCUUCCCUCCUCCGUUAGAUGCUCACCCAGUCUCCACUCUUCAAAAAAGUCAUUAAAAACCCACUUCUUCAUAAAAACGUAUCAAUUAAACUGUUAAUAGCUCCUGACUGUCACUAGUCUAAUACUAUCCUUACCUUUUUGUGUCAUUUUACCCCACUCCCUCUAGCAUGUAAGCUCAUUGAGCAGGGCCCUCAACCCCUCUGUUCCUGUGUGUCCAACUUGUCUGGUUACAACUACAUGUCAGUUCGUCCACCCAUUGUAAAGCGCUGCGGAAUUUGAUGGCGCUAUAUAAAUAUAAUAAUAAUAAUGGUACACACUCACACAUGCAGAUAGACAGAAACACAUACAGAUAUACAGACAAAGAGACACACAAUGAUACACAUACAAACACACAUACAUGUCAUAUUUUAGCCACCCUACUAUUUCCUACCUUUUGGGUGCAGAAGGGUGGCUUCUGCUGGCUAGGCCUGUGUCAGUCAACAACAAAAGCCAGGGCUUUUACUAAACUUCAGAUUGUAAAGAACUAAAUCACAAUGGCAACAUUGAGGCAAAUAUAUUAUUGAAAUAUUACUGGUGAAUGUGGGGAAAAAAAGGGAAAGUAAAACCGUAACCCACUGUAUUCGGAUCAACCACUUUUAUAUAUGGGGAGGGGUUAAUCAAAUUAAUCUGAUUAUUAAUACAGAAUUUUUCAAUAUACAUAGAAGCUUAUUGCCUCUUAAUUUUCUUCUCUUGUCUUCUGGGCUAUUUGUUUGAUAUUUAGUGUUUAGAUCUUUAGACGGUCUUAUCUUCUAAAUGUUACUUUUCUUAUGAGGUUUAAUGUUAAGGUAUAUGUGCUUCUCCUUUAAUCUUCCUUUACUUUCUUUCCUUCUCCCCUUCCACUGCCCCUCCUUUCUUCCUACCCCCUAUCUGUUUUACAUAUAUGUAGAUUUUUCUAUAUUAUGUCUCCAUCAACUUUAUUUACAUUGCCUUUUCAGGUUGGAUAUUAUAUACACUUCUGUUUAUUGAGUAGAAUGGGGACGUAUUGUUCAAUUCAGUACUUUUCAAUUAUUUGUACCGCUAUAAUGUAGUCCCAAGCACACAUAUUCCUUUCACUCUAUUCGGCAUCCAUCCAGGAACCUAUUUUUAUUAUUAUUUUAUUAAUUAUAUAGCUCCACUAAAUUCUGUAGUGCUAUACAAUUGGUGGACUAACAGACACGCAAUUGUAGCCAGACAAGUGGAUGCACAGGGACAGAGGUGUUGAGGGCCCUGCUCAAUGAGCUUACAUGCUAGAGGGAGUGGGGUAUAGUGACGCAAAGGGUAUAAAUAGGGAUAAUGAAAUAGGUUGCUAGGAAAGUAUUCACUGAGUAGAUUAUUUUUGACAGUUGUAGGGGGAGGAUGAAAACAUGCUAACCGUUUAAUUGAUACGCUUUCCUGAAGAAGUGAGUUUCCAAAUAUUUAUUUGAAUGAGUGGAGACUGGGUGAAAGUCUAACGGAGAAGGGAAGGGAGUUCCACAGAAAAGGUGCAGGCCUGGAGAAGUCUUGAAGGCGAGCAUCAGAGGUGGGAGUACGGACAGAGGUUAGACAUAGGUCUUCUGCAGAGCGCAGGGGCCUCGAUGGGUCAUACUUGUGUAUUAGAGAGGAUAGGUAGGACUUUGUAGUGACAUGUAAGUAGGCACCAGAAUCUUAAAUUGUGCCUUGUAUCCAACUGGAAAUGUAGGGACUGACAGAGGGAGGAGGUGCGGGCGGACAGGAAAAUGACUCUGACCUUUGCAGGUCAUUGCAGCGGUGCAAGCUUCGGAACACGUAAGACCACUGAGAAGGGGAUUGCACUAGUUAAGGCGAAAGAACAACGGCAUGGACGAGCACCUUAGCCGUGUCCGGUGUUUAAAUAGGGGAGGAUGCAGGCUAUGUUUUUGAGAUGGAAGCGGCAGGACAUGGCGAUCGACUGGACAUGAGGGGUUAAGGAGAAGUCUGAGUCAAAGAGAACACCUGGGCAGCGAGCCUGCAAGGUAGAAGUGAUGGUAGCACCACUGACUUGGAGGGAGGGAGACACGGAAGUAGCAACACUUGAGGGAGGAAAGACCAGAAGUUCUGCUUUAGACAGGUUGAGUUUAAGGAAGUGAGCAGCCAUCCAGUUAGAAAUCUUGGAGAGGCAGUCAGAGACACGAGUCAAGAUGGGCGGAGAGAGAUCAGGAGAGGACAGAUAAAUUUGCAUGUCAUCUGCAUAUAAAUGAUAAUGGAAACCAAAGGAGCUGAUGAGUUUACUAAGGGAGGCAGUAUAGAUGGAUAACAGUAGGGGACCAAGGACAGAACCUUGGGGAAUGCCAACAGAGAGGGUUUGGGGAGAAGAGGCAGAGCCAAAGAAAGAAACACUGAAAAAGCACCUGGAGAGAGCAGUAUCCUGUAGACCAAGAUUACGGAGAAUGAGAAGAAGCUGUUGAUGAUCAACAGUGUCAAAGGCAGCAGAAAGAUCAAGGAGAAUUAGGAUAGGUUUAUGGCCGCGAGAUUUGGCAGCGAUUAAAUCGUUGGAUACUUUGGUCAUAGCUGUUUCGACAGUAACUAGCACGGAAUCCAGACUGAAGCAGGUCAAGCAGAUUGGAUUCGAGGAAGUCUCUCAAUCUCGCAUGCACAACUCUUUCAAGGAUCUUGAAGGAAAAUGGCAGUAUCGAUAUAAGGCGGUAGUUGGAUGGGGAGUUGGGGUCAAGUUUGGGCUUUUUCAGAAACAGGGUUAUGGUUGCAUGUUUGAAGGGUGAUGAAAAUGUGCCAGAGUAAAGGGAGAGAUUGAAAUGUUUUGUGAGAGGAAGAGCAAGAGAGGGAGACAUGUAACGUUGCUUCCAUGAUUAAAGUGACAAUCUCUACAUAGAAGGUGAGAUGCAGAGGAUUUAAUGCAUCAGUACUUAGCAGAUUAUAGUUCACAGAAUAAUGCAAACUGGUCAUGGCAAUUCACGUGAAAGGAAAACUAUAGCGUUCGGAAUAAAAUCAUGUAUUCAUAACCAAGGGCUUGAGAAAUCACAGGUCACCAUGGCGACUAGGAAUUUUAUGUUUAUCAGCCCGUUCAGUGGCAUCCCCAAGGUGGCUGGCUGAGGGAGAAUGGAGCCAGGUAGCAAGGGAGCUGUAAUUUUCCUUCCUGCUCCCUCGUGCUCACUGCUGUGAUGCUGGGAGUCGUAAUAUGAUGUAACUUCAGCCCCGGCAUCAUUAAAUGGCAUCGAGAGAGCAGAGCAAGAACAGCAGCCACAAUAGAUGCCAGGGAAGGAACCCACUCCAGCUCUCCCAAAGGUAGAGAGGGUAGAUGGACUUAAAUUAAAAUUAACAAUAAUUUGUGAGUGUAUGACAAAAUGUGUGUGUCUGUAUGUCUGUCAGUUUGUCAUAUCAAUGAGUCAGUGAGUGUGUGUGUAUGUAUGUUUAGCCAGACAAAUCCCAGGUGCCAGGUUGCCAUGGCAACUCCGAAGUUUGCCUGGGUGUUUGUCAGCCCAAGUGAGCCUGGAGCUGGGCAGCGAUGGAGCAGAAAUCUUCCUGCAUUUCUUGCUCUGCUCACUCACACUCCCUUCUGUGAUGCCAGGAGACGGAAUAUGACGUUGCACCGGCAUCACUAAACAGCGCGCAAGGGAGCAGAGCAAGAAGAGAUUGCCCCCGCGGAAUGGAUCCAUUCCAGCUCUCCCAAAGGUAGGAAAGCUGUGUGGACAUAAAAUAAAAAAAUAUAUAAUUUGUGAGUAUAUGAGAAAAUGUCUGUUUGUCUUUGUUUAGGUUACUUGCCCCUCUGCCGAUCGCAUGGGAAAAGUGAUUUUACUUACUUUUUUUCCAGACGCCUUGCUGGUCUCACUGUGGCUGACCCUGCCUCCAUGGCUGAGAUAAUCAAUCUUGAUGCCAAAGACAAUACUUUCCCAUAGGAGCGCAUUUGAGGGCCUAUUCUGCAUGUGCAAGAAAACGCUAUGCUGCACCAAUCAGCAUCUCCUCAUAGAGAUGCAUUUAAUCAAGGAAUCUCUAUGUGGAACAUUCAUCACUUCCAUGCAGCUCAUCCAGAUGCUAAAAGUAAAUGCUGUACACUGUGCAGCACUGGACUAAGCACCUCUAGUGGCCGUCUGAGUGACCGUCACUAGAGGUGUUACUAGGCAGCAAUGUAAAUUGAGAAUUUUCAAAGAAAAGGCAGUGUUUACAAUUGAAAAGCAUGCAGGGUCAGGCUAUAGACACCAGAACCCCACUACAUUAAGCUGUAGUGGUUCUGGUGACUAUAGUGUCCCUUUAAGAAUUGUAUUUUUGUCUUUGAAAAUAAAGCUUUGUUGGGUGGAAAAAAAUGGCACCUGUUUUUUUUUGUUUGCUUUUUUUUUUUUUUUUUAGCUGGCUCCUAGAUUACAAGCAAAAUUGUCAAGCCUUGUCCUAACCCAAUAAGUUUAAUAUACCUAUUUUAGGUGAGGGGUGCCAGUCUCAUUAAGGUCAGGGAGUGUGAGUGAGCUUCACUUCUCUGGCUGGGAUCAUCAAGAUUGAUGAGCUCAGCCAAUCUAAUGUUUCUCCGUAGGGAAACUUUUGGAGGCAACUGCACAUGCACUGCACUCUGUUGUAAAAGCGGAAGCACCUCUGUCUGUCAGGAAGAUAGUCGCUAGAUGUGUGUUAACACUGCAAUCAUAAUAUUGCCACAUCUUCUGAAUGGCAGUUUUCAUUGAGAUGAACCGGCCUGUGUUUUUUUUUUUUUUUAAAGUUGUGUCCAAGUGAUACAUAAUGUACUCAAUGUAAAAUAUAUAGAUAUAAUCUCGCCUCUGAUCCAGCAACGCCAUGUCCUCGCCUCUGUGAGUGGUACUCUUCGGCGGUAGUGGUUAUGGUGCUUGGAGUAUACCUUUAAUAAGUGAUCUUCGCAUUGUAGAAAGUUCUUUAGUCACUGUGAGCAGAUUUACAGGAAUCGUGUUCUCUUAAGGUAUGUUAUGAUUCAUAGAAAAGCAGUACACAUACAGAGUCCAGGCACCAUCAUCACUUCAAAUCAUUGAAUGGGAGUAACUGAGUAAUCCUUUAAGAAGUGCGAUUUGUAGAAAUGAUAGACUGAAUGUUGCAAUAAUAUAGAGUUCUUUACUGAUCUUAGGAUCAAAUGUAGCUGACUGCACAAUAUCUGUUACAAGCAGCUGCAGGUAAUGGGGAGAACAGAGAUCUAGACAAGCUGCAAAUGCUGGCAUGAGUGGAAGUGCUGGGGAGAUAAUAUAUAUUUAAAGGACCACUAUAGUGCCAGGAAAACAUACUCGUUUUCCUGGCACUAUACUGAGCCUCCACCCUCAGGGUCCCCCUCCCGCCGGGCUCUAGGGGGUGGAAGGGGUUAAACUUACCUCUUUCUCCAGCGCCGGGCGGGGAGCUCUCCUCCUCCCUCUAAUUCUGUCACCGGCUGAAUGCGCAUGUGCGGCAAGAGCCGCGCGCGCAUUCAGCCAGUCCAUAGGAAAGCAUUCAUAAUGCUUUCCUAUGGACGCUGGCGUCUUCUCACCGUGAUUUUCACAGUGAGAAGCGCGGAAGCCCUCUAGCGGCUGUCAAUGAGACAGCCACUAGAGGCUGGAUUAACCCAUAGGUAAACAUAGCAGUUUCUCUGAAACUGCUAUGUUUACAGAAAAAAGGGUUAAUCCUAGCUGGACCUGGCACCCAGACCACUUCAUUAAGCUGAAGUUGUCUGGGUGCCUAUAGUGGUCCUUUAAUAAAAUUAUUUAAUUUUUUUUAAUUCAAAGUGCUGAUUUGAAAUAUAGGUCACCUUCCACACUCUUCAACAAACUCCUAUUCUCAGGUCAUUCAAAGUAACUAGUAUUUUCUAUUAAAAUAUCCAAAUUUUCUGUUUUUCAACAGAAAUGACAAUAAAAAACUUAAAUCUCGCAAUGUAAUCUUCACCAAAUUUCUACCAAAUUACAGUAACUAUUUUAAAUGUUGUUGCUGCUGAUUUAUUUUCUAUUCUUAUUUUAUAUAUUCUCCAGUAUUAAUUCUAGUUAGGUGAAAUAAAAAUCAAAUAGCUGUUUUCUUUUUAACUUGGUGUUCUCUUACAGGCUUCAGACUUUCCAUUGGUUUGCCCUCUGCUGCACAUUGCAAUAGAUGUGCAGUUAUUUCCUUCUACACAUUUUGUGCACAAUGCUUCACUGUGUUUAGAAAGUGCAUUGAAAUACAUCAGCAUUUCCAUAUUCACAGGCCUGGCUUCAGCUUUAGGAAUGAAUUUUGAUGAUGUGAAUUGUUCUUUAUUAAAUCUGGAUUGCAAGUUUUUAACCUUUUUGAAACCUGAACAAGCUCACUUUUGAACAUUGCACUGCAAACUGUCAGGGUUUUUCACUAAACCCACAAUGUUAGAGAAUGAAACCCAAAUGAUAACAUUGAGCCUAAACAUACUCCAACUCAUCCGUAGUCUCAUCUUGGUGAAAUUUGGAUGUAAUUUGCUAAAAUUCUGAGUUUAGUGAAUAACUCUGUUUCAGCAGCAAACCAGCCAUUGUCAUCUACUUUGGGGAGGGAGGGGGAGAUGGGGGUAUGGGAUGUGCUUCACUGGUUAAAUAGUGUGACUCUGUAAAUUGAAGUGUUACUGAUGCAUUUUUACAAAUUUGUUGCACGCAAUGUUUGUAAUUAAAGGGUCACUAUAGUCACCACCAAAACAACUUUAGCUUAAUAAAGCGGUUUUGGUGUAUAGAUCAUACCCCUGCAGUCUCACUGCUCAAUUCUCUGCCAUUUAGGAGUUAAAUCACUUUGUUUAUACGGCCCUAGUAACACCUCCCUGUGUGUAACUGCACAGCUUUCCUAAACAUUUCCUGUAAAGAGUCAUCUGAUGUUUACACUUCCCUUUUUUUUGUGUGCAAAUUACACUCAAUCAAGUAGCAAGAAAGAUAAUCCCAACUCCAUAGGAAAAGUACCAAACCUUAGCAGCACUAAUAGAAUAUUAACACAAAAUAAUAAGCUAAAUGCAAUACUAAAAAGAACCUAAAGAAAAGAAAGGAAAAAAUAGACAUCAAAGUGUGUGCUGCAGCAUUGGCCCUUAUCGUUUACCACAAACACACUAAAGUGUCUAGAGUAACUGAUCUAGAAGAUAUAUAUAUAUAUAUAUAUAUAUAUGUAUGUAUGUAUGUAUGUAUGUCCAUGUAUGUAUGUAGGUAGGUAGGUAGGUAGGUAUGUAGGUAGGGGUGGGGAAAAAUUGUGAUUGAAAACCCCUUCCACCUGAAGUAUGUGGAUAGUUAAUACAAUGCUAAACAAAAAUCUGCACACCAGUCAAGGAUUUCUGUGGGAAAAGCAAGUCUUAUGGCUUGACAUAUAUAUAUACCAUUUAGAUUAUGUAUUUCUUUCCCCAAUACAUUUACUAUAAUAAGAGAUCUCUUUUAAAAAAAAAAAACACUAAACGUCCCUAAACCCAUCUAUUGAUGCACUAAAUCAAGGAAUGUGAAACCCCCAAAGACCAAACAUGAGUUUAAUAUGAUAACAAUCUGAUCCAUAAACAUCUGUUUGUAAUAUCCUGAUUAUUUAGAUUUGAUUUAGCUGUUUAAUUUAAUUUAGAAUUUCUUAUCUCCUGCACUGUUAAUAUCGUGCUAGACUCUGCAGUAGCUUCUUGUGUGUAAUUAAAGUUAAUUUACAGAGCAGAAGAUAAAACUUUUAAAGCAAGUUAACAUCUGAUUGAAAGUUAAACCUUUUUUUUUUUUUUUUUAAUGCAGGCUGUGUCCGUCACAGCCAGGGGAGGUGUGGCUACGGUUGCAUAAAAAGAAACAAGUGAUUUAACUUCUAAAUGGCAGAGAAUUGAGCAGUGAGACUGCAGGGGCAUGAUCUAUACACCAAAACUGAUUCAUUAAGCUAAAGUUGUUUUGGUGACUAUAGUGUCCAUUUAAUUACUAGGGAUACUGGAUUUUUAAAGUUAAGCACUUUAACCGUCUUUGCUCAUGGAAAUGAUUCUCUGUCCUUGUGUCCAAGUGUACAGUUUUCUAAGGGAACAUUAUAACUUUUUUUUUUUUUUUUUAUGUUGGCCUCAAAACUCUGCAUUAUUAACAUUUAAAUAAAACUUUACCCAUGAUGAGUUUACCAUGUCCAAUUCAAUUAAAAGGGUCCAUUACAAAAAUUGUGACAAUUGCCUUAUAUUAAUAUGUUCUUUUCGAUUUAGUGGUGCUGAUUUGACUGGGGGGGAAGGGGGUGUUGGGCAGAGGCAUUGUUCCUGUUUUCCCCCCAAUAUUACUUGUUAAUGGAAGCAAGGCUAAAAUGCUUGUACCUUUUGUGAUGUGUGAAAAUGUAUUUAUGUAGAUACAUUGAAUAUUACAUAUGGAAUAACAAAACUAUAGUUAGGACAAGGGGACUCCAUUUGAGGUUCUAGGGAACAAAAUCAGGAUAGUUGGAACGAACUCAGAUUUUGGGGCUAUCCAGACAAAAUCAGGACUGAUGGGAGACUUGCACAACAAGUAAAGCCUAAAAUGUACAUACCACUGCAAACCAAUCUCUUCGGUGGGGAGAGGGGGUAUUUCUACUCUCCAGGACUAAGUUUUCACUCACCAAUGGCAAAAGGAAAUUUUAAGCCCUGGUAAGGGUAUCCUAUAUUGGUUAAAUAUGAGAGAAGAACUGUUAUUGUCCCUAACCGGAGCAGCCUGCAUGUUUCAUGCUAAAACGGAAGCGGUCCUUCAACAGCUAUUAAAGGACCACUAUAGUGCCAGGAAACCAUAUUAGCUUUCCUGGCACUAGAGGGUGUCUAGGUCCUCCCCUCCCGCCGGGCUCUAUGGUGAGGAAGGGGUUAAACACUUACCUUUUCUCCACCACCUCGGCGGUGGGGACACUCCGACUCCUUUCCCCGUCAUAUACUGAAUGCGCAUGCGCGGCAUGAGCCGCUUGCGCAUUCAGCCAGUCCAUAGGAAAGCAUUGAGGCUGGAUUAACCCAUAGGUAAACUCAGAGAAACUGCAGAAAGGGUUAAUCCUAGAUGGACCUGGCACCCAGACCACUUCAUUGAGCUGAAGUGGUCUGGGUGCCUAUAGUGGUCCUUUAACCCCUUAAGGACCAAACUUCUGGAAUAAAGGGGAAUCAUGACAUGUCACACAUGUCAUGUGUCCUUAAGGGGUUAAUGUAUGACGGGCUUCUAAUUGUAAACAUUUGAAGCAUAACACUGUACGAGCUGCUAUGCCUUCGUCUUCACUUUCUGUAUGGAUUAGUUAUAUAUUUUUGUUUGUGUUUUAUUUUUAGAGUGGACAGGGACAGAAGUGGUGUUAUAUCUGAUACAGAACUCCAGCAAGCCUUGUCAAAUGGUGAGUAAGCUUCAUUUUAUUCUACUUUAUUAGAUUUAAGCCAAUGCACAUAAUACAACAUUUUGCUAUCUUGUGAAAGUUAGCCUUCACUUUAGAUAGGUUUGGAUCUAGACUUUUUUAGUACUCUCCGUGUUGGGCGUUCUGUGGCCACUCUUAUCCAGUUCUUUUAACAGAUUUGUAUAAAGGGAAUGGAUACUCAUACGAUGAUUAGCAUGCAAACAAGUAUAAGAAUGCUUGUUUGAGUUCACCUCAAUAUCCACAAUGAGUAUUCCCUAAAGAUAAAAUCUUUAUGAAAUACUCACACUGGCUGUGUUGGAGUUUCACUGAAUGGCUGUCUGACAGAUGGAGAUAAUAAAAAAUGAGCGUAUAUCUCUAAAAGAAGUUAUGCAGUCGGGGUGCAGGGAUAGACUUUUCAUCAAAACUACUUCAGUAAGCUGGAAGGCUUAUGGUGCUUGAAUGGGUCAUAUAAAGCUAGUUGACUGUUUUAAUGUGUUUACACUGUGUCUCAUCUGUACAUAAGUUUGAAUAUAAUAAGCAACACUUCUAGCCUUCUACAUCCGUGUUUAUCUUAUAUGUUCUGUAUAAUGCAAAUAAUGUUUGAGAUGGUCUCUGUAAUCGUAAGAAGUAUUUAAAGGGACACUAUAGGCACCCAGACCACUUCAGCUCAUUGUCAUACUUGGUCCUGCAAUGUAAAUCAUUGCAGUUUUAGAGAAACUGCAAUAUUUACAUUGCAGUACUAAGACAGCCUCUAGUGCUGUCAAUCAGACAGCCACUAGAGGUACUUGCUGCUUGCUAGGAGACUUUAGGUUGCCUAACUGAUGCUGGACAUCCUCACACUCUGCAUGAGGACAUCCAUCGUCAUGUGCAUUUAAUGCUAGGAAUUCAGGUUUGUAUUCCUAGCACUAUAGUAUCCUUUUAAACCAGUUAAGGAUUGUACCUUGGCAACCUUUACAGACAGUCAGUAAAAAUCUGAUGAUCUACAUAAAGUGUCAGAAUUAGAAUUGACAGUCUGUUAAUUUAAUUCGGCAAGCUGUUCAGGAUAAAUAUUGUUGCACUCUCAAAAUCCUGGCUGGAAAGUGCCCUAAUUCUUUAUGGUGCCUAUUAUUUGAAGAAUUUAAACAGAUGUUAUCAACGAUUACUGGUAUUGUUCAUGCAUUUAAUUUUUUUCAUAUUGUGAAUUAUGGUAGUCUCGUCCUAAUGAUACCAAUGAUAUAAUGCUGCAGAAUCUAUUAUGCAUGCCAUUCCAGGAGAUUAAAGCCAUAGUCCUUUACAAUCUUGCAAUAUACUACCAGGUAGGCUUGCAGUUUAUUAGGAAAAAUGUAAGCUAAUUCAACCUUAAGCAUCAACAAUCUUUAUUUCAUAAACUGGUGGUUUUCAACCCAUGUGCUUUGAGCCACCUUAAAGUGUGCUACCAACACAUUUACCUCACAGUGCUAAUAGGUAGAUAGCAGUUGUAAAAAUCUUUUAUUUAUUAAAAAGUAUUGUGACGGACCGCUGGCACUCCGACCCAGUACCUCCGCCAAUCGAUGCUCCUAGCUCUUGCCGAGGACUCCAAACACUCCACCAGACACCAUAAACAUUGCAGACCCCACUUCCAGCGAUGCAGCUGCGCCGGGGUCUCGCCGUCCUUCACCCAUCCUGGACCCAAGACCAGGGUCCAGCUUCCAGUGGGUAGACCUCUCCUAAUCCAGAGAGCGUAGCAGGAACAAGCUCUUACAAGAGCUUAUACUCAGGGGAGUAUUGUGAUAUACCAAUCCCCAAGAGUGUAGUUAUCCCCUCCCCCAAGCAUGAGCCAAGGCUUCAAGAAAGGGUCAAGCAGGUCUGUUUAAUGUAAGCCAGCACUAACAAUUUAUACAAUUCCUCAGGCCAGAGGCACACCCCCUGGGCCUAAUGGAACACAGGCACACAAACCAAUCAGAACAAUACAACAAUGUCCAACACUCCCACAUACAGCACACCAGCCCUCCCCUCUGCCUGUGAUACAAUUUACUAAGACAAUGGACUAACUCAAUUAACGCUACACAAAAAAAAAACAUACAUUUUUACAAACCCCCCCAAAAAAGUACCCCAAAAUACAACAUAUCCCCUGAUAGCCCCGACCUGGGUGAACAACAUAUCCAAAAAUCACCCAGAUCGGUUCAGGGGUUCAGGAAUUUCCUGGAAGUCUUAUUUUUGCCCCACCGCGCACAUGGUCCCAUGCCCAAAACAGUUCCAUACACUCGAUGACAAAACACUGCUGGACAAUUUAAGAUGGCCGCCGCCACAUGUUUGAAUCUGUUCCAGUUAAAAGUCCAUUGGAAAGAAACAGUGCCUUUAAAAUCCAAUAUGCCCAAAUAGUGUUUUUAAAGGGCAAUAUAUCCCAGGGGCCAUAGUCACAGGGCAAGCAGGUCUCUCCAAGUACAAGUGGCAAGGUUACUUUCGCCACAUGUAUAUACUAGAUUAGCAUACUCAUCUGGAAAUUACUUAAACUUAAUAAGUCAGUUAGGUUAGAUGUAUUCAUAUCUGUCUAGCAAGUUGCAACUAAACGAAGGAAAACAAAUGGGUGUGUCUUGGAAUUUUCCUCUCGAUGAAGUGUUCAUUUAGUCCAAAAAAAAAAACCUCACUUCUAUAAACAGUAGUCUCAACAGUAUGUGGAGUGUUUAGCACUAAAAACAUUGAUGGCUGACAAUUCUGGAGGAGGAGUUUUGUUAAAGGCAAGAAUUCAUAUUUGCAUGAACGCUUGAGAUACCUGAGAUUGCCAGUAAACCUCUCUCUAUUAUGUAUAGGUAAGAAAACCAGCUGUGAGGGGGAAAUGUAUGUUUUUGUUUUGUUUUUACUGUAAUUGACUGAGAACCAGUUUUGCAGGCCAGUCCACAUAAAGAAAGAAUUUAUUAUUAAGUUAACCGUUGAAGGAGUAAGUAUUUUAUAUAUUUUUGAUGGUUAUAUACCGUAUUUUUCGCUCCUUAAGACGCACUUUUUUUCCCUCUCAAAAGUGAGGGGAAAUGUCUGAGCGUCUUAUGGAGCGAAUGUGAAGCUUUACUUACCUGUAUUGUGGGGUGGGCCGGCAGCACAGCGCGCACUGCGGUACAGGAACUUAAAUUUCAGGUUCCGGUUUCCGGCAGUACUGAAAGGAAGUGCGCACUCAGUGUGCACACUUCUUUUCAGUCCCACCGGAACCUGAAAUUGAAGUUCCUGUAUCGCGGUGGGCACUUUUAAGCCGGCCCACGCUACAAGACAGGUAAGUAAUUAUGGGACACUAUGGGACAAGGGGAGGGGGGACACUAUGGGAUGUAUGGGGGGAAGGGGGACACUAUGUGCACUAUGGGACACACACUAUGGGAUGUGGGGACACUAUGGGAUGCACUAUGGGACAAGGGGGGGACGCUAUGGGAUGAGGAGGGGGGGGACACUAUGGGAUGAGAACACUAUUGGACAAGGGGGGAGGGGGUGAACACUUGGACAUGGGGGGGGGGGACAGGUAUAAAUAAAGAACACUAUGGGACAGGAGAUAAAAAAAUAAAAAAAAUCUGAACAAACUUUCCCAUAGUAAGAAACACUAUGGGACAGUUUGUUCAGAAUAUUUUUUUUCUGGGUUUCUUCCUCUAAAAACUAGGUGCGUCUUAUGGAGUGAAAAAUACGGUAGUUAUAGGUAAAUACUGCCAUUGAGGGGUUCGGAAGCUAUCUUCAUUAUUAUUAUUAUUUUAUUAUUUAUGUAGCGCCAGAAAAUUCCGUAGCGCUGUACAAUGGGUGGACUAACAGACACGUAAUUGUAACCAGACAAAUGGACGCACAGGAACAGAGGGGUUGAGGGCCCUGCUCAGUGAGGGAGUGGGGAUAGUGACGCAAAGGGUAUAAGUAGGGGUAAUGAAAUAUGUUGCUAGAAAAGUAUUCACUGAGAACUAUUAUUUUUGACAGUUGCAGGAGAGGAGUCAUGGGGGAGGUGGGAGGAGAUGAGAACACACUAACAGUUUAAAUGAUCUGUUUUUCAAAGAUUUUUUUUUUUGGUGGAGACUGGGUGAAAGUCUAACAGAAGAAGGGAAGGGAGUUCCACAGAAAAGGUGCAGCCCUGAAGGUGAGCAUCAGAUGUGGGAGUACGGACAGAGGAUAGACAUAAUUUGUCCUUUGAGUCUUUGGUUUAAUAUCUUCAGGUCCCUGAACUGUUUGUGUAUCAUUACGGCUGAUGGGGGGGAGGGGGGGUUAACAUUUGAAAGUAUAGUGUACAGUGUGCAAACAGACAGGGGUAAGCCAGGACAGGUCAAGGAUUGGAGAGGAUCUGGCGAACGUGUAAUAAACAAAGCCAAAUUCAGGAAUUCACAGUUUAGAAUAGUCCGAUAUUAGAGGGAGUGAUAAAAUCACACACCAUAAGUCAAAAUGCACUCUUGGGUAACAAAGCCUACAACAGGGAAAAGAGGCGUUUUCAGUGUGGUCUUAUAUAGUCCCAGGUUGUGUACGAUUGGUCUACGUCAAUAAUGACUCCACAGACCAAUGUGGAGCAAAAAAAAACCCCAAAAGACUGGCAUCGGGGUGUAUAAAAUGAAUGCAAAGAGGAGCGUCCGUAUCGAUGCCAGAAUGAUGCACCGCAUCGGCAUGCUUGGUGCUGUCACAGUCAAAAGUGGCACAGGAAUGAGGCACAACGUCAAUGUGUGUUGGUGCUUGGAGAACGCAGGAGCCAAGACCCUAUGGGAAUACCAGGGAAUGCAAUAAAAAAAGUCAUGUAACAUUUGGUGUUAUUGACGUCUUGAUAAAUCUUUAAUGGCAUUAAUUUUCAAUAAUGUACACUUCACCAUGUGCCCGCUCUGCAAUAUGUUUUACUAUAUCUUUUACCUAAAGUAAACGUGGUUUUAAGCCCUGUAUUUCACAGUGUGAUGUCAGAUUCCCAUCUAAAAUGUACAACUUAACUGGGCAGACUUUUUUUUUUUCAUAUGGAGUUAGUCUUGAAGGUGUGUGCGACAAGUUAAAAUUGGUCCAUAAAAGAUAUUGUAUACUUGAGUUGUGUUUGUGUAAAAUGUAAGGUGUAAUCGAAGAUGCCUUUAUAAAGCCUUUGUGGUGGUAGUAUAUUAAAUAUAUAACCUUGGGUAGUAUCUGUAGAUAUGGGGGUUAAUUUGGUAUAACUUUGUACCCAGGAAUACAAAGCUUGCUUCCCAUGCCGCCUCCCUCCCUCACACGCCCUCCUCCCCAGCGCCGAUGUCCCUUGGUGAUGGGUCGAAGCUCCUCCUCCGUCCAGCGACGAGCGGGCUGUAAUGCGCAUGCUCUUGCAUGCAUUAGACCUCCCCAUAGAUAAGCAUUGAGUCAAUGCUUUCCUAUGGAGAAAAAUCUGACGCUGGUUUUCCUCAUGCAGAGCGUGAGGACAUCCAGCGUCAGAUACUGGACCAUAGGUCUGUUUCAAACCAGGAACUCCUAUAGUGGCUGUCUGGUAGACCGCCACUAUAGGCUGACUUAGUGCUGCAAUGUAAACAUUGCAGUUUCUCUGGAAUCUAAAACAGCGUGGGGCAGAGGAGGUGAAAGAAGUAACAGAGCCACUUUAAAUAUAUAAAUAAGAUAGUUAUAAGUUAUGUUUAGCUUAUAUUCUAAAAAGACCAGAGUGAUAUCCAUUGGCUUCCCGUAAGAUAUAGGACUCAAUUUAAGAUGCUUAUAAAUCUCUACACAAUGCUGCUCCGACCUGCUUAUGCUCACUAUUACACAAAUAUGUCCGAUCUAGGCCCCUACGCUCUCCACUCCUUCAAAAAAUCUUUGAAUACUUACUUCUUUAGGAAAGCAUAUGAAUUAAACUGUGAACAGCUUUCCCUCCCCGCACCCUGCUUCCUCUCCUGAAACUGUCAUCAAAACAAAACACUAAGCCCUCAAUGAAUACUAUCCUAGCAACCUACUUUUCUACCCUACCCUUACCUUUUGUGGCACUAUAGCACACUCCCGCUAGCAUGUAAGCUCAUUGAGCAGGGCCCUCAAUCCCUAUGUUCCUGUGUGUCCAACUGGUCUGGUUACAAAUACUUGUCUGUUAGUCCACCAAUUGUACAGCGCUACGGAAAUUGUUGGCGCUUUAUAAAUAAUAGAGGAUUUUGCUCUUUUAUUUAUUUAUUUUUUUAUUUUUUUUAUUGUGGAAAAUGUGAAUCACUCAUGUGCUUCAGAGUUACUUGACAACCCAAAAUGUUAUACCGCCAGUAAACAGCAGCCAUUCAACCCAAAUAAUGUGCCUCACGGAUACUUGUUAAAAUUACUAUUGUAACAUUUAUGUAGAGGAUAAAGCUGCUUUCAUUAAAGGACCACUGUAGGCACCCAGACCACUUCAGCUUAAUGAAGUGGUCUGGGUGCAUUGUCCAGCUAGGUUUAACCCUUUUUAUUUAUAUAUAUAUCAGUUUCAGAGAAACUACUAUGUUUAUAUUCGGGUUAAUCCAGCCUCUAGUGGCUGUCUCAUUGACAGCCGCUAGAGGCGCUUCCACGCUUCUCACUGUGAAAAUCACGGUGAGAAGACGCCAGCGUCCAUAGGAAAGCAUUAUGAAUGCUUUCCUAUGAGACUGGCUGAAUGCGUGCGCGGCUCUUGCCGCGCAUGCGCAUUCAGCCGGAGAAGAGGAGGAGAGCUCCCCGCCCGGCGCUGGAGAAAGAGGUAAGUUUAACCCCUUCCACCCCCCAGAGCCCGGUGGGAGGGGGACCCUGAGGGUAGGGGCACCCUCAGGGCACUAUAGUGUUUUUCUGGCACUAUAGUGGUCCUUUAAAGUAAAACAUGUAAGUUAGGCCACAGUCACUAAUCACUACUCUUACUCUUAAGUGAAUGUAAUUUUUUAAUUUGUGGGGGAGAGGGGUCUACUUCCUGUUCUCUCAUCCGUUAUUCUUUGUACUAUCAGUGAUUACCGUAGUGUUGACAUGUUUCUACAAAUUGUCUUCCUCAGAGUGUUGAUAAAAUAUUUGCCAUCUGUCUGUUCAUACAGGUUUUCCAUAUGGCUAACAACCAAUCAAAUUGAUGCUGUCACCAUCUUUAUAACUGGUAAUCUGGAAUUAUUGCCAUUUUAUAUAUGGUACAAUUAUGUAGUUUUAGAACCAUCUUUGUGAAUGGGGUAUAAAUAUUGCUACCAUGUUGUUUAAGGGCAUAUUAAAGGAACACUAUAAGGUUAGGAAUACAAACCUGUAUUCUAAAUGCUUUAGUUUUUAUCGAAUUGUACUAAUGUCCCCCCUGCUGUGAGGGUCAAAGGAUGAGUUUUACUUACCUUCCAGCCCUUGCCCAGCUGGUCUCCAACCUCAGCCAAUCCUUUGCUUUCCCAGAGGAAAGCUUUGAGACUCUACUUCACACGCGCUGCAAAAUGCCACACAGCCAUGAUCGUUUCUCGGAGAACAUCCAAUUGAAAAAGCCAAGCUUUUACUCCGCUAUUUCGUCAGAAGCGUCUCUAGUUACCCUUGCCAUUCCUGCAGAGCAGCAAAGUUUUUAGCUGCAGGGUUACAAUACGAGGGAUAUGGCACAGACCACUUUAGUGAGAUGAAGUAAGCGCUGCGAAAUCUGUUGGCCCUAUAUAAAUGGCAAUAAUAAUAAUGAAGUGGUUUAGGUGCCUGUAGAGUCCCUUUUGGGGGAAUUCAUCUGAAUGUAAUUAUUGUAAGUAUAGUGAAAUUUACAAUCUGCCAGUAACCAAUCAAUUUUAUGGCUUUCGGCUGGAAUCACAACCAUUCUGAAUUCAUGGGACAUUUCACUGCUGGUAUUGUAUCUGGCAUCCGUUAGAAGUACUUUUCUGACUUCCAAUGAGACUGCAGAGUUGUGCUUCUUCGUUCACAAAGCUCCUCUACGAGGAGGAUUGGGCAUUUAGAAGUGUUGUGAUGUUAAAACGAGAUAGUUUAAAGCGGCUGUAGGGAUUCUAUCUCAGAGUGGGGGAUCUGUGUAGUGUCUGAGUAUAGUGCUACACGUUCUCUACUGCCAUGCUUACUCCACAGUGAGGGGCACCUCCUUUCUGUGUCUGGUGUGUGCAGAGCUGCCUGCCUAUUUACAAUGCUAAUAAGCCUGAGUAGCUUGCCCACAACAAACAUGACAUGGGACACAAACUAUUGUGGAACCAGCCAGCUCGGGUCAGGACUGGAAGAUUUAUUGCACGAUAGACCUGCACACGGCUGUUCUCUCUGUUAAGGCUUUCCACAUAGAGGUGAGAUGGGUAGUUUAUUUGUGAGUGACUGACAGGUGUUAAUCAGUGAAUAGUUACAUUUGUUUGCUUAACUACCCUUUCACUAUACAAUGCUUUAACACCUUACUUCUACACAGCAACUUCUCACCUCCUUAUUUUCUCUAAACUGUGCACUUUCAGUUCUCAUAACCUUGAUUCUUUCGUGUCAGCUGCAAUUACUCCCAUUUCCAUUGUCAUCCUAUUAACCCUCUUCAUCUUAUUUAACCUCUGUCUGAACAUUUAUUUAAUUAACCCUCUGUCUGUCUUUUCAUCUCGUUAAACCUAUAUUUGGAUAGUUAUCUCAUGCUUUCGUUUAAAAAAAAAAAAAAAAAAAAAGCUCUGUUUAAAAUGGCAUCCAUUGCUAGUGGUAGCUACAGAAAUGCAAGGUUAAGUCAGAUAAUGCCUUUCUGUGCUUAUUUGCAUGACAAGCUGGAUAUUCUGGGAUAAUUGUGGAAACAUGAUUUAUUGCAGUUUGUAUCCAAAGUAGACUUCCUUCCGAAAGACCAACAUACAGAUUAAAAAACAGUGCACACACAAAAAUAGUUUUCAAUUUUACAAGGCUACUUUAUUAUUAUUGGCAUUUCUAUAGCGCCACCUUAUACCACUGUGCUUUUUAUGCAGGGGGAAAUGUAACCAUAAAUGAGAUAAUUACAAAAUGUUACAGAAACAGUAGGCUGGUGAGGAACCUGCUCAAACGAGUUUAUAAUCUAGAGGUUAAAAUCACUUUAAUUUAUGUUAAUAUUGCACUGUCACUAUUAAAGUAGUUGUCUCUCAUGUUAAUAUUAGUAUAGGACCCACCAAUAUUGCAACUACUGUGAUGUAGUUGUGGGCUCAACACGACAUGGCCAUAUGUUGGAACUGAAUCCCCAUAAUUGUUUAAAUAGGGUAUUAUUGUAUCCUUGAAAAAUGUAAAACUGCAUUUAUGUGUGCUCUGUUCCUACGUAUGUAUUUUGUAGAAAUGUGUCUUUACGGCAGCGCCACUGCAGAGAAAUGCAUGUUCUGGGUGUGCCCCCUGUUCUUUCCUCCACCCUCCCCCCUAAAGUCCAAGGUGAGGCAUGCAGGUGAUGCUGCAAUUUUUUAAUCUAUAUAUGAGGGCAUACUUAUGCAUAUGGUUUGUAUUGCUCCUUGUGACUUUGUAUCAGUAGUGUGUACUCGGACAUGCUUUUGUGAUGCUGGUACUGUAUGUACACACCUGUUUGUGUGUGCACGCCUUUUUCUGACUAGUUUGGUUUCAUAGAGAAGCAUUGGGACACCAGGCUAACACAUGGCAAUUGCUGUGCUUGAUAAAGCAGUAUUUCUAAUAGAGAAGCACUGAAUCCAAUCCUUCCCUAUGAGAAGUUUUUCCUUUUGCUUUGUGUUGGGACACAAAGCAAUAAGGAAGAGUAUUUGCACUUUUCUUAAAGUUAGACUUUUUGUAACAUUUCAGAUUUUUUUUUUUUCUAAAAUCUAAAUUUUUAUAAAAGCAAUAAAGGGUGAUACAUUAUGUUAACCACUGAAGCACUUCAACUAGCGGAAUAGCUCGAGGCCUUUGGAGUGUUCCUUUUGUGACACAUGUAUGAGCGAGUGUGCGGAUAAUGCGUGCUUUUGUGUCACAUUGUAAUGAAAUAUUGUGUGACUGUUAAUUGUUAGUCCUUAUUCGUAGAUUUUUCUAGAGGCCUUGUAUAAAGAACUAAUGUGUGGAAAUUAUCUGAAUUUGAGGAAACAAGGGAUUUGGGAAAACAUUCUGAAUUUGUAGCACUCUGCACUCUCAAACCAUUGGAAAUUUUCUUUUUGAUUGUCCAACAUUUUAGAAUAUUGAUUUUAUUGCAAAACCUAAUGUACCAUUAAAAUUAAGUUUGUGUGUAUUUUAACUUAGUCUUCCUUAAGUAAUUUUAUUUUAGCUCCUGUCAUAAACAAGAAAGAAGACAAUAAAUAAGUAGUCAGAAAGUUUAAAUUGAUUUUGAACAUCCUUUCUCAGUAUAUGACCACCCUCAUAGUUUACAUAUCAAAAUUCAUGUAAACAGGUAUUUAGGGCUAACAGGAGUCCUGUUACCCACAACUGCUCCCUGGCACUGUGUACCACCCUACCCAAAGCAAACACGCCUGACUAAACAGUAGUCACUUGUAUUGAAGCUGUUGACUGUGUGCUGGUGGGAAUUUGGUGAAAGAAGUAGAUUGCUGGGAACAUGUAAUUGUGUCGACAUGAAACUGACGUUGGCAUUUAUAUGCAAACAGCUCUGUAUUGAAAGUGGGAGGAAAUCUCAAGUUUGGCUGCUUGUUUUGUAUUUUUCUUUUCCUCCUUUGCUGUAAAACAUUCGUUUUAGAGAUAUUUGAAAUAAAUUUCACUUAAGGGGGAAUGGUCACUUUCCAGAUUUUUUUUUUUUUUAAACAUUGUUUGUUUAUCCGUAUAUUUAACAAAUGUGAAGUGUUAAAAAAAUCAAGUUAGAUGUAGAAAUCCAUAUCUUUUUCCUGCAGCUGAUUGCCUCCAUCUUAGCUCCUGUCAGCCUUAGUUUUAAACUCUGUCCUUUGCAUAAAGAAAAUAAAUUAAAGUUUCUAUUUUUCCACUUAAUUUGCAAUGUUUCCCCGGUUUUACUUUGAUCUAGAUUAGGGGUUCCCAAUUAAAUUUUCCCGUGGAACCAUUUGACAUAAUGUGAUAACAACGUGGAACCCCACAAAAAAUUGUUGGCGCUGUAGCACAGAUAUUAGUACUUGGGAGCAGGUGUGCUUUUGUGUGUACGGUUGGUGUUUGUGUAUAAUGUUAGCGUUUUGAUACAGGGGUAUGUUUGUAUUUGUGUGCAGGGGUGUGCUUGGAUAUAGUGUUGGCCUUUUAAUGUGGAUGUACAUUUGUGUGUAGUAUUAGUGUUUGAGUCUUUGAGUGAAGGGUGUGUUUGAGUGUUUGUAUAUAAAUUUAAACACAUACUGACAUACACACACUCAGAUACACACCGUGACACAUACAUAAACCUUGACACACUGACACACACUCAGACACGCAUACUCUUUGACAGACACACAUACACAUUCACUGACAAACACACAUACAAACUCCUUAACAAACACACAUACAAACUCCUUAACAGACAAACACACCAUUUUUAAAAAUUUUCUUUUUUUUUUUUUUUUUUUUUAUUUCUCUCCACCCAGCCUCCCUACCUCUGGGAGUGCUGGCACGGAGUCUCUUGUAUCCCUGGGGUCCUGUGGGGCUGCUGGGCUGAGCAGCUAGCUUGCUGUCCCUGGGUUCCUGUGGGGCUUGUGGGCUGAGCGGCUGGCGUGCGGGCGGCAAGGUAGCAGUGAUCUUACUGCUCGGCUCCCUCGCGCGCCUCUUAGUAAUGCCAGGGCCGGAGUGACAUCAUAUUCCGGCUCCGGCAUCACUGCGGUGCGCGCGAGGGACCGAAGCAGGGAAAAGUGCUUCGGUGGACAUUUUGUUUGCUGAAAUUACGGCAGAACCCCAUUUGUGUUCUCGCGGAACACCAGGGUUCCGUGGAACACCAAUUGGGAAACGCUGAUCUAGAUCAUGAUGCCAUUUGCAAAGAAAAUUGGCAAUUUCAAGAGACAAAAAAAAGCAGUUAAUACAAGUUGUGUGAUUUUCAACAUUUUAUUUACUGGUGUAAAUUCCAAAGAAGCGACAGAUCCUCUUUGUUGCAAAUUGCUCCAGACAUGAUUUUCUUUCUUUUGCCUUAUAUAUUUUCCAGUAAAUCAAAUUAUAUGCUAGAAGCUUGCUUUUUUUUUUUAAACAUACAGAAGUAAACCGGGACAGGUAAAGGAUUGGAGAGGUUCUGGAAAACGUGUAAUAAACAAUGCCAAAUUCAGGAAUUCACAGAGGGAGAGAUAAAAUCACACACCACAAGUCAAAAUGCACUCUUGGGUAACAAAGCCCACGACAGGGAAAAGAGGAGUUUUCAGUGUGAUCUUAUAUAGUCCCAGGUUGUGUAUGUCAAUCUACGUCAAUAAUGACUCCACUGACCAAUGUGGAGCACAAAAAAAAGCCACAAAAGACUGGCAUCAGUGUGUAUAAAAUGAAUGCAAAGGGGACUGUUCCAUGUCAGUAUCGAUGCUAGAAUGAUGCACAGCAUCAGCAUGCUUGGUGCUGUCACAGUCAAAAGUGGCGCAGGAAUGAGGCACAACGUCAAUGUGUGUUGGUGCCUGGAGAAUGCAGGAGCCAUAACCCUAUGGGAAUACCAGGGAAUUCUGCUCCGCAAGCAAUAUACUCGUGCAUUAUAAGAUGUGCUUGCACUGUUCAGAGUCUCUUGGUGUAUUCAGCCCAUGAUUAAGAGUGCUUCAGGAGUGCUCUGCACAGGGGCAGCAUUUAGUGGGGAUGACCAAAGUGUUUUCACUUCAGCCUGCUGUACAUUAAUGCUGAAAUGCCCCUUUUUUGAGAGUACCUGCCCCUGUACAUGUCCCUGAGCCACAACUCCUCUGUUGGUAGGGAGUAGGCUACUGAAAAUUUAAUGCCUCAUCUUGUGUACAUCUUGCCAUCCCUUCCUUGUGUUUUGCACUAGUUGUAUUACAUGUUCUAAGUUCUUAUGCAGCAUUCCAAUUGUAAUUAAACAGGUUUAGGCUAGGUCACUUGAAUUUCCAAAUUACAAACGAAACAGAAAGCUUUUCAUUACACGCACGCUUAAAAAUUCCUAAAUUGGUUAUGUAACACUAUCAUUACUUCUCUUGGGUGAUUAUGGAAACAUAAAUUCAGACUUCGCCCCUUUAUGCUUUGGUACAAGGGAGGGGAUUUUUCAAUGCUAUCAUUAUUUCUCCUGUCUCCUUAAGUUUUAUUUCUGGAAACUUUGACAUAGAAGACUAGUCUACUGUUUUAAUACAAACUCUCAUGUUUGCUAUAUUUAUUUUAUCUUGGCUUUCAGAAAAAAUGGUUCGAUGGGCAGAAAAAUUGUCCUGAAGCCUUGUGAUGCUGCAUUACCUGUUAUAUCAAUUUCUACGUUGAUAUAAAGGUCUCUUCACUAAGAUCCGAGUUUAGCUGCCAAAAUACAGCACAGCUUGGCAGAUACAUCUUUGCUAAUUUUAUUUACACAGUUGCAUAAAGCAUGUCGUUUGACUUCUCUGAAUGCUGCUGGUUUUUAGCUGACUUGGGCAACAAGCUCUGUCGCUGCAAAUUCCCUAUGACGUCUCUGGGCUAACCAUUGAUUUAGCUUUGCCAGACCAUAGGCUCCUGUUGAGUUCAAAUUAGAGUUCCACCAGAGCUCAAGUUAGUAUUGGACUUCUGUCCUCUUGGAAGUACAGCCAAACAUAUAGGAAUAGAAACUGUAAGAGGUAACCUUGGCCCCCCACGUGUGUAUGAACUUUCCCAUCAUGUGCAACCAUCCAGAAGGAAUUAACAAGAAUAUCUUUAGUCAAUAAUAGGGUGGGAAAAGCAGAAUCAAUAUUAAUUUGUUUCCAAUUCCAGCCAUCACCUGAGCUAUCUAGUUCAGAUGUUGUAUGGAGAAUUGGAAGUGUUAAACAAAGAACUGCCUUUUAAAUCGCUUUCUUAAAAGUUUAGCAAAUAUGGUCUUAAAGAAAACAAUUAAUUACACUGUAGAUAUAGAAUAUAAUGGGCAGCCUAGCCUGGUAAUUGUACCUACAGCUCACUGAAAACCAAAUCUCCAUAGUUAAGACACAGCAUAGUUUUAGAUCUCUCUCCUGUUUAAAGGUUUGUGUGUUUAAUUUGAAUGUGUUUUUUGUAUAAAUAUGUCCUUUGUUAUAUAUAUAUAUAUAUAUAUAUGUGUGUGUGUGUAUAUAUAUAUGUGUGUGUGUGUAUAUAUAUAUGUGUGUGUAUAUAUAUAUGUGUGUGUAUAUAUAUAUGUGUGUGUAUAUAUAUAUAUGUGUGUGUAUAUGUGUGUAUAUAUAUAUGUGUGUAUAUAUGUGUGUAUAUAUAUAUAUAUGUGUGUAUAUAUAUAUAUGUGUGUGUAUAUAUGUAUGUAUAUGUGUGUGUAUAUGUAUGUAUAUUUAUUUGUUUUAUGUAUACAGACUUCUUAAAUUCUCUUUACUUUUUCAGGUACCUGGACACCCUUUAAUCCAACAACUGUGCGCUCCAUAAUCUGUAAGUUCACUUCACUUUUAUACACCGUAUAGUUAGAAUCUGACACAUCUAGUUCCAUUUUCUGAUUUAAUAUGUAUGUGGCAGCAAUUUAACGUUCCUGGUUAAAUAUUAACCUGUAUUUUUUGCGCUUAACAGAUUUAACAUAGUUUAGCAUGAUUUAAUAUACACACUUAAAGACUACUUACAUUGGCAUCUGCAAUUAAAUAAAAUGAAAAGAAAGUAAAAGGUUAACUUCUUGGACUACUAUGCCGACUAUGGCUAAACCCACCCAGUUUUAAAAUUUUUUAGACCUUGAGACUGGAGUUAAUACAUUAAAGGGACACUAUAGUCACCCAGACCAUUUCAGCUCAAUCAAGUGGUCUGGGUGCCAGGUCCCUCAGGUUUUAACCCUUCAGAUGCAAACAUAGCAGUUUCAAAGAAACUGCUAUGUUUACAUUUGGGGUUAAUCCAUGCUCUAGUGGCUGUUUUCCGGACAGCCACCAAUUGAGAAAUGCUUUCCAAUGGACUCUUUGAAUGCGCGCGCGGCACUUGCUGCGCAUGCGCAUUCAGCUCCGCUGACGUCGGCGGGGGAGGAGAGGUCACCAGCGCCGAGGGUGCCUGGCACUGGAUUAAGGUAAGCUGCUGAAGGAGUUUUAACCCCUUCAGUGCCAAGGGAGGGGGACCCUGAGGGUGGGGGCACCCUCAGGGCACUAUAGUGUCAGGAAAACUGCUUUUUUUCCCUGAAGCUAUAGUGAUCCUUUUAAAGCGACACGGUCAUGGCUGCAUCCGUUUUUUAUUUAACCACCCUCUUGACUCCACUACAUCUCCCAAAUGCCCCACUCGCUAUGCUGAUUCAAAUAAAUGGGGACCUAGCACAGGUCCCCCAUGGUGGGGCAUUUUCUAAAAUAAUUAACUGGGGAGGACAUAUUGUCGUACCCCAACCCCCACCCAUACCUCGCAAUUGGGGGCUAUUCAAUGGAAUGGGGACCUAGGGUGUCCCCCCUGCCCCCACCCAUGAGCAGCGGUUAGGGGCACCAAGUAACAAUGGGGGGGUACAUAUUGUCCCCCUCCAGCAUUGGUGAUGGGUGUGGACUAAAUGUAAAAAACACCCCGCCCCCCCAUUCCCACCUCAAGUGACUAGGGGGUCACCCCCCUCCGCAAUAAAAUUAAACCCUACCUACCCCUUCAGCCUACAAAUAGUGAGGCAGGAACAAAAAAACUAAAUACCUGUAAAUAAAAAAAUAGGUAACCCCCUUUUGCUACUUUUGGCCUCCACCGGCCACUCAUGAGUGGAGGACAUAGUGUCGCCCAUCCUGUGCCACGCGAGUGGGGGCUAUUAAACUGAAGGGGGGCCCCCACCCAUGAGUGGUGGGUGGGAGGCCUUAAUAACAAAAGAAGGAGGACCUAUUGUCUCCCCCCAGCCCCCAGUCAUGAGCAGUGUGUGGGGGUCCUAAGUAACAAAAGGAGGGGAAGGGGGGGAGAGAACCUAUUGUCUCCCCGGGCCCCCACUAGUGAGCGGGUGGGGGCCCUAUUGUCAAACUGACACUGUUAUCCCAGCUGACACUGUGUGCUGACUCGUAACAUUUUAUGUUUUUAUUAUACUUUUCACAUUAAGUGGAUGUGUCCCUUUAAAUAAAAUUACAGUUAUUAAAUAAAUAAAAUGUUUACUGGUUUCCCAGCAAGCAGUCUAGAAAGGCACCUAUGUGGUUAAGUGUUUUCGAAGAAGAAACUACAUUCCAGUUUUUCAAGUUCUCCAUAACCGCCAGAAUACCAAUAUUUAGGUCACAUUAGAUAUGUCUACUUCAUCCUGGAAUGUCCUCACACCUAUCUGCUCUAGGGAUGCUGUUUCCAUAGCUGUCAAUAUUUGGGGAGAAGGAUCCACACAAGCUUUGAAGUAGGGCGAUCAUGUAAACCGCUUCCAAGACACUUGGCUAUGUCCAGACCGGUGACACUUCGUUGAGCACCACUCAUUCUUCACCAAGGCCAAUACUUUAUUUUAGUCCAUGUAAUCUAGAUUCCAUCACCCACUUUCCUAUGAUAAUCACAAAGAUAAAACAAUCCUGACUGCUAUUGUUACUGUAUUCUUACUCUAACUUUAGUCGCAUUAUCAUUCUUUCACUUAUAGAUCCAUGUUUGUCACAGAAUCUGUGUCAAUCACUUCACAUUCUCCAGGUUACAUAAUGUGUGUGACUAUCCUUUCUCUUCUCUGUCCUGUCAUAUUUUGCCUCUGUUAGUAUUGACUGGUCUUCUCUGUCACGUUUUGCCUCUGUUAGUAUUGACUGGUCUUUUCUGUCAUGUUUUGCCUCUGUUAGUAUUGACCGGUCUUCUCUGUCACGUUUUGCCUGUCACUCUCUCAAUUUCACAUGAAACAAGGGAAAAUCACCUGCAAAUUCUUUAAAUAGUGGCCAUGCAAAAAUAUUUGAGCCACCAGCAGGACAACAAAGGUAUAGAUAACAAGGCAAAUUAAAUGAAUACCCAGGGGAGCUGCUUACAAGACUAAUUGAGAUACUCACUAAAAUGUGAAUUUUCACAUCUAGAAAGUGAUGUCAAGUGCACUUAAAAGUUUAGAUCAACUUUAAGUUCAGAAAUGUUUAAAAUUCAAGUAAUUCCUCCAAAAAAAAGUAAUGUAAUUUAAAUUCACUUUGAAUUUACUUUUAACUGACAAUUCGCAGUUUAGUGAAUAACCAUGUGUGUGGAACAAUGAGUUUAUUCACCAAGCUGAGAAUUGAUAAGGAAUGGAGACAUUUUAGAAAUGAUUGUCAAACAGGAAAACAAAAUCUUCUGAAUUGUCUGUAUUUACCUCCUGUAAGUAUGUGCGUGUCCCUCAGGUGCUGGAAUUAAACAUUUGUGUCUUAAGAUUUCAGAUAUGUGAAGAACAUGGCUCCAUGCAAAAAAAGGCAUAGCCUAUAUUACAACAUAGGUUUCCCACAUACCUUAAAUUAAAGAUAAUUCUUUAUUAAUUCUAGUUUUAAAGCUAUUGAAAUAAUACACCAAUAAUGAACACAAUAGUGACAGUACUUCAACCAUUGCAGCGUAUUGGGUUUGUUUCUCAUUGUUGUCACUCUUUUCAAUUAUUUCUUUAGUCAACAACUUUACUUUAAAAAAAAAAAAAAAAAAAUUUAUUAAAAUAUAUGUUAAGAUAUAUUUGUAUUUAAAAUUUUAAUUUAAAACUGUCCUGUGUUUCAGCCAUGUUUGACCGAGAAAAUAAGGGUGGUGUGAGCUUCAAUGAGUUUUCUGGGGUUUGGAAGUACAUAACAGACUGGCAGACCAUCUUUCGAACCUACGACAGAGACAAUUCAGGGAUGAUCGACAAAAACGAACUAAAGCAGGCGCUAACAGGUUUUGGUAAUUUGUUUAUCUUUCUGUAUGUCUUUACUUCAGUAACUAGGAGGCAAACUAGAUAAUGUCCAGCCACUAAAAAUGAGAAAAAAAUUACCCGUUGAUGUAAGUAAGGAUUUAUCCCUGCUCACACCAAAUCUGCAGGACGUGUUGUUACGCCCUAAAGGCAUUAAGGCUCAUUAUAGUUUGGACAUAAUGACAUGUCCUACUGUCCUUAAGGGGUUAAUGCUAAUUCAGUAGUGUUUACAGUGUCCCAAUAAUAUGCAUACAUUACAUAUCUCUAUGUUAGAACAAAUUACUACGUUAUGACUGUCCUCCUUCUUUUGAUUAGGGGCUUACUUGGCCAUCUUUGUAAUAUACAGUAUUUUGUAAGGGAGACAGAGAGUUAUAGUCCUACAGGUAGGUUGACAUUUAACCCUUAAACCUUUUUUAGAAUUGCUUAUCCAUACAAUGCUGUGGUAUUGCGCACAGAUGAUGGUCCUAAAGAGGAAAAUCUUUGCACAGUGUUAUAUGCCCUUUAGCUAGCUUUUAACAUGGCAAUAUCAUGACCACCUGAUAAUGCCAGUUUAGGCAGAGACAGAAAUAGUACACUACCUCUGCAAAACAUGAAAAAAAAUAUUCUGUCUUGUUACUUUGUAUUCGUAACCUAGCAAUGCAUUCAACAAUAGUGUUUCUAAGGUUGCUAUGUGAUAAUGCAAACAUACCGUAUUAGAAAGACAACUCUACCUGAGUCAGUUAUUAGUGUCAAAGAUAGUUUGGCUGUACUCUGUUUAAUAAAGUUUACAAUGUAGUAUUUCCUGAUGUGUAAGCAUGUUUCAUGGCUCAAACAAUGGGAAAGGGUUAGACAGUCUCCAAUAUGGAUGGGAAACAUUGUUGAUAUAGGCACCUACAAGCACACACAUUUUAGGAUCCUACAGCUCUGAGCUUACUUAGUUAUGUGCAUAGCAGUUUCAUGCCUACACUUCAACUGCAUUUUAUUUUUAUUUUUUAUUUAAGGCUAUCGUCUAACAGAUCAGUUCUAUGAUGUUCUCAUUCGCAAAUUCGACAGACAAAGAAGGGGACAAGUUGCUUUUGAUGACUUCAUUCAGUGCUGUAUUGUUUUACAGGUAACUAGAACGGGGGCACUUUACUGAAAGCUAUUAAAGAAGUGAUAUUGGGUAUUAUUAUAUUUGCUAAAUAAUGAAGGUGGUCAUAUCUGUGGCCAUAAAGGGUCACUCUAAACAGUGCAGAGCUCCCCUGUCACUGUACACACCUGCUUAUAUUAAUCUGAAAAGAAAAAAAAAUGCAGCCGCUAUAAACUUCCUCUUCUCCCACUAUUGUCAAAGGAAGAAGUUUAACAUCCUCCUUUGCUGUCCUGAUCUGUCAAAGAUAUGCAUGAGGCAGGUGCAUGACAAUAUAUGCUCUAUAAAUUGGGGUCACUUGCAAUCCUAGAGUAUGCCUUCUAUUAUGGUAUAGAGCUUAUAGAGAGGUUGGAGAUGUUGGAUAUAUACAUUUGUUGAACCAAAAAAAUAAUUUCAUACCCUAGAUAAAUUCAUAUAAAAUACAUAAUAUAUGAUUUUUUUUUUUUUUUUAGUACAACAAAAGUUACCAUCUUUAGUUUUGGUCUGUACUAUUCAUUGAAACUAUUCACAAAUAAACGGUUUUGGGAAAUAAAUACUAUUUUUAAGGAGAAGGUGAUGGGCUCCCAAUCACCAUGGUUGUUGUACUGCAUCAAGUAAUUCUCAGAAUGCUUCAUUAAUUGAGCUUCUUUCAACUAAUUAUAAUUUAUAUAUAAAACAGACUAACUUCCAUUGGAAGCCAACCACUAGCAAAUCCCCCACUCCUCCUUUAUUUCUUCUCCUCCCCUAUCUCUUGUUCUUUUCUUGUGUUCUAACCCUGCACCCCUCAGCCCCCCUUUUUUAAAAUUAGUCUUGUUGAGCACUAUUCAAUAUCUUCCAACCCUGAUUUUUCUAUUUGUAUGGCACUGAUGUUACUUGUUUCCCCUCAGUAUAUUUUAAUUAACCCAAUACCUCAUUAUCUUUUUUUUGUUUUUUUAACAGCUUGUUGAUCCAAUAAGGAUUCUGACUGAGAAACAAGCUUACUUUACCAUUUAGUGGGAACUGUAAAUGUUGUUGCCCGAUACUGGAUCAAAAGUAGAAUCUGAGAUGAAAUGCUGAACUUCAUGUUCAUGAGUUCAGCCUAUAUUACUCUGCAACUAAGUAUUGCACAAAGCGGCAAAUAAACUCUGUUAAUAGGAAUCUUCUCUUGGGUUCCUUGUUAUUUAACAUAGCAUAUUCCUUUGUGUGUAAGAGCACUCAAAGCAACAUAUUAAACCCUAUGACAGAACACUAGCAUGUUCCUUUUAGUUUAAGCAUGUGUGGGAUAUGGAUAAGGCCAGAGACUAAUGAAAGUAUUUAGAAAAUCGGGCAGGCUAGAUGGGCCGAAAGGUUCUUAUCUGUUGUCACAUUCUAUGUUUCUUUUCUCUCGAGUUGCGUAAUAGAACGGUUACCAGUUAUUAUAUUACCAGUUAUUUAAACAUUCACAAUGUCCUUUUCUGUUACCGUAAAUUAUGCCCCAAAUAUGCCAUUUAUACCUUGCAAUUGCUUUGUGUGUUUACAGUACUCUUUGUGCUUCUAUUUCAGAGACUGACUGAUGUCUUCCGGAGAUAUGACACAGACCAGGAUGGCUGGAUCCAAGUAUCUUAUGAACAAUAUCUUUCUAUGGUCUUCAGCAUUGUAUGAUGCCAUACCAGUAGAGACUAGAAUUGCCAAAACCCCAUAUUUUCUUACUAUACUUGAGUAUUGUACUGUAAUGUACAAACGCUUCAUUUUUUUUUAUAGUUCAUCGUAAGCAAAAUUGUUAUUGUAUAUGAGGAUAACCUUAUUUUUACCUUGUAUUAACAUGAAAUAUAACUUAGCCAUAUUUUUAUUUACAUAAUUACUAUGCCAUUAUUAUGUGCCAGGGGGAAAAAAAGUAGUUUUGUAAGGAUUUUCCAUGGCCUAACCUUUUUUUCUUUUUUCUUUUCUUUCUUACCUUCAUUUAAAUAUACAGUGCCACAUAAUUUUCUUAAUUUGCAUUCUUUGGCCAAAAUAAAAUUCAUAGGAUAUUUUACAUGCUUCAGUGCAUGGUGCUGCACGUUUAUGUACAAUAGUAAUAUUAUGGCUAAUCAUAACAAGCUCACUCACAUUGAAUUCCGUAGAAAUAUAUGUAGAAUUGUUGUCUUUUAAAUAAGUGCCAGUGUGUCUUUAAAUAACAUGCAAUUCAUGCUAUCCUGCCCCUUUAACGGAGAUCUCUCGUUGCUGGUUCUUAGUAGAAGUUCACAGUUUCAGGCUCUAACAACUGGGUACACUAGAAAUUUUGUUGCACAAUUGGGAAAACUUCUAGCAUGGUAUAUAUUGACACAACAUUGUAUGAGCACAACUGCUUGUUUUCCAAUACAGUCCUUGUUUAUACGUAUGAUGCCAAAUUCGUUGAGGAUGGGCACAUUUGUCUGAUAACCAUCAAAUCAUCCAAUAUGCAAUGAUAAAGUUUCCAUUAACAUGCUAUUUUGUUCACCAUAUUUCAGGUACUGAUGAGCAUCUAGAUGUUAAGUCAGCAGAGAUUUAAAUAAAAUAAAAAUACACUCCAAAAAGGUAGAAGCCAUCAGUUAUAAUUUUAUUAAGUCAUUGCCAUUCUAAGGGUUCUGUUACAGAUUAUGUGCAGCCAGUGUUUGGAUUUACCAUAGGACUGAUUGAUAUAAAUAUACAGGUUCUAGAUUGGAAAGUGGUUUCCUCAGUAGCCUGUCUUACUAUUCAGUAAACCUGUUCUUAUACAAGUUCAUGUAUGUCAUAUGACUGCCCUGACUGGGAUGAACUGUGUUUGCAUCCAAUAUAUUUUAUAAUGGGGACUACUUUUUCUGAUGAAGGUUGUUUAUUACCACAGCACAACUUUUGAAUGUGAGUCUUAAAUGCUUUUCCACCUUGUCGACAGACCGUUAUUCAUGUUAUUUUAUUUCUCUGGAAGCAGCAUGCAGUGCUGGCUUAUUAAAAAGUCAUGAUAGCAAACUGUAAUCUUUCUAUGUAAAAUAUAGUUGCAUUUCAGGGAUACGAGCAUGGAAGCAUGUUUUAUGUCUCUAAAAUUCUCUCCGUGAUCAAACUGUGAUUUGAAUAAACCAAAUACAUUUUAUGCAAAUGUAAAAUAAUAAAAAAAUUGUUAUUAAAUGUGUACUGCUUAUCUAAUGUAACAUUACACCAACAAUGUUGCACAAUAUGUACAAUGUUUUGAAAAGUACUUUGACAUUGAUUUGUACAGGUUCCAUUUUAUUAAAUCAUAUCACAAUAAAACCCAUUAUUGCACAUUUACCAUAAGGGCCUCUUAUCAUUUGAAAUGUGUUGUUUUAACAUGUUAUUAUUUAGACUUAAUCCACACACUGAUUCAAAACACCCAUAUACCUUUCUUUUGAUGACUGUAACCUUGCAUGUAUUAUGAAGUUAAAAAAAAAUUAACAAUACCGAAUGGGGAGAAAAAGCAAAACAUUCCUUGGAAAUAUUUUGUAUACAAUUAGUGACUGUGUAGAGCAAAAAUGGGUCGCAAGAGUAUUCUGAGAACAGACAGCAGCUAAAAUAGCCUGCCCUUCGGUGGGUCCCCGCUCAGAACUCAAGCUGGUUUUAGCUCAUCUUGUGCCAUUACAGAGAGAACAUAUCAGACUGGUCCCACCCAUACGGGUAGUCCAGAUCCGAAAUGCCAGCAAGUUCUCUCUGCACAAGUGAUACAGCAACCCCAGACGAUCGUUUCAGCCUUGUUAGGCAUCAUCAGUGAGGCAUAGCUGAUAUCUCUCUAGACACCGUGAGCAAGGGGUCCAUGUCUGGAUUACCCUUUUUAGUGACUGUGUAGUUUUUACCUAAACUUACAUUCCCUGAAUGUAUGAAGUCCAGAUAUGAAAUAGCAAUUUCCAGUUUAAAAUUUUUUGUUACAAAGAUCUGGAAUAGCUAAAACAAUUCAAAACCACCUUAUUUAUAAUUGCUGUUUUUUGCAACGUAAAGGGUACCUGUCAUUACAAAUGCAACUUAAUCUUGCAUUAUAGAGAACUGAAUUGCAUCAAUACAGUAUGCUAGCAGAUUUCUCUAAAAUCAGAGGUAAAAAAAAACCCAUUUAUUCCCACCUCCUCCAUCACAGAUAGGAACUGACAGAUCACAUGGACACAUGCUCUGUAUAUUUUAUUAGGGAAACCUCCUGGGAGUCUCUCCUGCUUGAAUUCAGAGAAAGUAAUGUCUGUGAGAGAAGUAUGGAGAAGGGGCAGGCUCUGUGUGUAAGCAGCACGGAGGGAGAAGAGAAACACGUAGAUUAAUUUAUGACACCAGCUUUGGAAAGGAAAUCUUGCAAUAGAGUGUGAGACCAUACUUUAUUAUUUAAUCAAGGUCAACACCAAGUGUUUUUAACUUUUAACCUGUUAUGGGAAAUGUUACUCACUGAAAACAUGAUUGAUUGCUUUCAACAGGAGAAUGGGGGAAUCAUUGCAAUAUGUCUAUCAACUUAUUUGACAGUGUCACUUAAACUCAAACGAACUUAGAGUGGAACUAUGGCUAUUCUUUAAAUACCUAUUAGACACUAAAUUGAAUGAUUUAGGACUUUUUUUGGCCUGCUUUUUGUUGUUUUGGGAACUUUGAAUAUUCAUUUUUAAUAAAUGGUUCAAUUGUGUAAAUGUGCUAAAAUUAUUUAAGUCAGGCUUUGAUGGAUAGACCGACAAGUCAGUCCAGGUCAUUUUUGCAAGAAUUCUUAAAGCUGUGUAAAUACCUAUCACGCCUGGCUUUGGGUUUGCAAGGCUCCACUUGAGUGGGAAAUAUCCCACACUGUAUAGAUAGACUCCGAAUGGUGUGUUCUCUGAAGUCACACUUUUCUUUUCUGUGAAAAUACCUGUUUAUGUAAUCUGCAGCACAUGUAUCAUCACACAUACAUGAAUAUACUUGUUGCUCAUUCCAUAACCAGCUAUUUAAAGUGAGUCCAGUUUUAUUUAGAUCUCCUUUCCAGUAUUUCUAUA